AUGUCCCGUGCCAAGUCCCUGCUGCAGCUCGUCUGGGCUUGCUCCAUGCUGAUAGUUCGCUCCAGCUUGGCUGAAGAGGAGCUCGGCGCUUUGACGCGCGACCAAGUGCCCUACUUUUGGAGUAAGUCAGCUGGACAGAGCGGCCGGGGUUUUGUUGGGAAAGUGCAGUUGCCUUGGACGGCGCUGAAUGGAAAGCGGCGGCUCUUUUCUGCGCGUCUCCUCUCUCUCUCUCUCUCUCUCUCUUUCUGUCUCUCUCUCUACCCUUUGAUUCCCUUCCAGCUAUUAUCACAGUGAGUCAGCCGUCAAGUUCCCCCGGCGUUAAUCUUCCAGUCCAGGGGGCCCGCUGCACGCUUGGCAUCGUGCUUAAGUGGCACUGUCACUCCAAAUAACUUGGGUUGCACUGCAGCCCAGUCUAGGAGUAAACCCACUGAAUUCGACAGGGCUUACUUCUGAGUAGGGAUGGCUAGGGUUGCGCUGUUGGCCUGCAGUCCUAAACAGGCUUAGGGCUCCUCCAAGCAACAUUCAUUCAUCCUGACUUGUUUGUGCACUGAUGAUUAGAGUACUGUAUAUCUAGUUUCCAGUGAGCAUUAAGUCCGAUUUGUUUGUGGGGUGACUGAAGCACCUGCCCCGCUAAUCAUUCAUUAAACCCACACUUCUCAAUGCAUUUCCCCACAUCACUUCCCUAAACGCAAAAAGUUCUCUGUCUUUUUAAGUGGGUUUGCUGUGUUUAAAAAAGGUAAAGCUCAUCUCGCUUUACUGGCCGAGGGAAACGACGUUUGUCUGCAGACAGUUUUUCCGCGUCAUGUGGCCAGCAUGACUAAGCCGCUUCUGGCGAAACCAGAGCAGCAUGCGGAAAUGCCAUUUUUGAAGUGCUUUCGAACUGCUAGGUUGGCAGGAGCUGGGACCGAGCAACGGGAGCUCACCCCGUCGCAGGGAUUUGAACCGCCAACCUUCCAAUCGGCAAGCCCUAGGCUCAGUGGUUUAGACCACAGCGCCACAUUAGCUGUGUUUAAUUGACUUUAAUCGCAAAAAUCCAAAGUUCUGAUAUGUGUUUGACUUCCUCCUGCAAAAUAGUGAUAGCCUGGAGGCAUUACUAACUAGACAGGAAGCCCCAUUGAAUCUCCUAUUUAAUUAGCUGUAUAGUUGUAAUUGUUUUGUUACGUUGUGUAUUUUAAUUAUGGCUGUUUAGAUUUUUACUUUCUGUGCGCCGCUCUGGUUUUGCUAGAAGCAGCUUAGUCAUGCUGGCCACAUGACCCGGAAAAACUGUCUGCAAACAAACGCCAGCUCCCUCAGCCUGUAAAGCGAGAUGAGCGCCGCAACCCCAGAGUCGUUCGCGACUUAACUGUCAGGGGUCCUUUACCUUUACCUUUUAGAUUUUUACACUUGUGUAGUGGUUCUUAGCCUUUGUAAAUUGCUUAGAAGAUUAUUUUUGCAUUAAGUGUUAGGAUAAUAAUAAUAAGAAAUCCUCUAUAGAACUGAUUUCAGAAUAAGCAAGCUUAGGAAUGCAUAGUAUGGGUGAUUCCAGACGGAUGUCGUUUUCAGGUGGGAUCCAAUUGUAUACUAUCAAAGUUAGGUUGUGCUGAUAAAAUUGAUUGGGAGGCCUUGUGCUUCAAACCUGCUUCUUUAAAAGGUGAGACUUUUUGCAAUAAGGAAAGUGACAGGAAAAAUGCAGUGGAAAGUGUGGGAUAGCACUUGCUUUGAUGCUCUGUCACCUAACCUCCCUGCAAACAAAACAGGAUAAAUGUUCAAUAAACAGGUCAACUGGAAGCACCCUUAGCCAUUCACUAGAGGGCCUCACUAAUCAAUCUUUUCAUUAUUGGUUUAUGCACUGUUUUUAGCUGACGGAGAGCUAGUAAUCCCCCUCAGGUAAAUGUCUGUUGUGAGGAAAUAGCAUUUUCCUUGUCUUGUUCUGAGACAGAGGAGGACAGCGUAGCCGAGACAUGCCACACUUUCACUUUAGUGGGCAUCCAAGUUCUGACAAAUACGUGCGCUCUCGUUGCACAAGAAUCAUAGGUGCCUAUUGGCUAGCACCUGUGUCAUUGUAGUGGUAAGGACUUGCGUACUUCCCCAACACAUCUUUAACAACUGGAACACCUUUUUUAAAGUUUUAAAUUUUAAAGUUAUAGUUCUGAGGUGACUUCUCUGGCAGGAGCACUUGCCUAGAUGUUUUUAAAUGCUACAAAGCAUACAAAUAUUGACAAGACUGAUUCUUGUCCUGCGGCAGUCCCUGCUCCUACCAUUUGCCACAGAGAGGUAACCUGGGAACCAGGGAAAACAUAGUCUCGGAGGUUGGGACAUUCCUCCUGGAAUAUUGAGGUAAUAAGUGUAUGACAUAGUUUACUUUGCAGUACUUAAUAAUAAAUUCAUUAAUAACCAUGACUAUCAAUUUGUAGGAAAAUUAAUUAAUUUUAUUUUCAAAUGAAUGGGUAACCAGAUUCAAACCCAAGGUUAUCUGAAAACUCAGUAGGCUUGGAAAAGCCAUUCCUGGGCAAGUUUGGUUGUAAGUUUGAAUGAGUAAAGGAUUUUCAUGCAUUCAUUCAAUCUAUAUAUAAUUAACUGGGAGUAAGACCCAUUGCACUCCUGUGCUGCUUACUACUGAGUAGAGAUUCAUUGGAUUGCAUUGUGAAUGUCUUAUCACUGUUAUUGAUAAUAAUCCAGUCAUUGUAAUGAACUGAAAUGGAGUUUUUUUUUGUUCUAGAAAAAGGGAUAUUUAUUAUCCAAAGUGAUUCCCUCAACACAUGUGUUAAAGCUGAGACAUCGAAGCUCAUCCUUGAAGACUGCACUCAGCUUUCGAAAUACAUGUUAUGGAAAUGGGGUUCUAAACAGCAUCUUUUCAACAUCGGCCGAAGCACUUGUCUAGGACUCAAUAUCAGCAACCAAGAGCAGCCAUUGGUCAUGGCUGAAUGCAAUUCAGCUCAGCACUCACUGUGGUGGAGCUGCCUUGGAAAAGGGUUGAUUGGUGCAUCGCAGUACAAAUUAGCACUUGAGAGUGGCAAAUUUGUUGUGGCAAAAAUAAAUUCAACAUAUGGAUGGAAACAAUUCCUGUCUCUUGAUGGGGAUCUUUGUGAACAUGCAUUCAAAGGUAAAAUAAAUAUUUGCUUUCUUUCCAUGCUUCCAUUAAUAUUACUGGUAAUAGGUUUUUUUUUUCCAAAACAGCAUUUUACAAGUGACUAAAACAAACAGAAACAGGAUCCAAUCACAUGGGUUAAGGAAAGCCAUUUGUUGUGUGUGGCUUGCAAGCAAACGCAGCUUGUGCCAACUAUUCCCACAUUAUGUGGAGAAGCACUCCAAAGACUAUUUCUUGUGUGUUAUGCAUGCCAUGAGUUUGAUUUGCCGCAAAGGGCUUCGAUCUCUCUCUAGGCUAUCAGUGUGAUACCUUUCUCAAAUAUUAAUUCAGUUCAAAAAAGUGGCUGUGCUCUAAAAAAUAUUGUUUAGCUUGCUAAUUUCAAAGCGCUCCCACAGUCACCAGUUUCUAUGUGCUUAUGCUCCUAAUUCUCAAUCUAUUUCACAUGGCUAAGCCCAACAAUUACUGGGCUUACGUGAUACUUGUUCCAGUCGUGCUCCUGUGUGAAGCCUGCAAUUCUGCAUUCACAAUUACAAACCUAUUUAUGAAUCAAUGAUCUGCACAGUUUUGUGCUCGAUAUACACCAUGUGUUCUGAUGUUGCAGAAAGACCACCUGUGAAAAUAAGCUUUACAAUAAAUAUAUACUGUUUGUCUUGGGGUGCAGCCAUUAGCUAUUUGCAAUGCAUUAUAACUAGAUGAAUAGCCAAAUAAAAAUACUGUAAUAUCAUGGCUCGGUGGUGGAGCAUUUGGUUUGUGUCCAUAAGCUCUUCAGUUCUCCAGGUAGGGCUUGGGUUAGACCCCUGUCUGAAACCUUAGAGAUGUACUGCUGAUCAGUGUAGACAGUACUUAUGGUCUGAGUCUGUGUAAGGCUGCCUCCUAUGUUCUGUUGCAAAUCAAGUUGUUACUAUCAAGACAUAAUCCAUACCAAAAGUUUGAGGGCGGAGGGGAGAAGUAUAAAUUUGAUAGGGAAACAACGCAAAUAUAUGGCCCUUAUUUUUUAAUGUUAAAAUACAUUAACAUACAUUAAAUUUGGAGGCUGUACACUGGUAUAAGUACUGUAUAUGACAUCCUGACACAAGGGCAUCAUUUGGAUUUGAUGGCUUGUGGAGUAAUUUCUAAUCCUUAAUUAUCCUAUGAUGGAUGUAGUAAUGUGUUUUAAAAGGCCAAGUCUACUGCUACCAAAUAAAAAUAUGAGUGGAUGUCCUGGUUUAGUAAGCUAACUCCGGCAUUCUUUGUCCAUGACAUGUACAUAAUAAUUGUUCUGCAAUUUUGUCUUGCUACUGUUAAAAAUUAAAAACCAUGAAACUAAAAUAAUGACAGCAGUUGAAAAUCUUUGUUGAUUGUAAAUGGAUGCAUUUUUGAAGCAGUUCAUUGUCACUUCUGCUAUUCUACUACAUUAUAAUAUCAAGAAGCAUGGAAAAACAAAUAUAGUUACAGUAACUCACAGCCUUGGUGUUGAAAAUCUUGCAUUAUUGACAUUCGAUCCUAAUCCCAAAUGCAUUUAUUCUGAAGUACUACUGAUUUCAAAGGAACUUCCUUUCAUGUAAGUGUGAUUACUAUUCCAAAUCAAAGGACCGUUGUGAUACCAGAUUUGGGGGAGUACAAAUUAGAGGGUUUCCUAUUGCUUUCUAUAUAUAUAUUUUUUUCUAAGUGAUUUAUCCUCAGUAUUUUAUUUCAUGCAGAGACAUAUACCCUGUUGGGAAAUUCCCAUGGCUCGCCUUGUGUUUUUCCAUUUAAAUACAACAAUCAAUGGCACUAUGAGUGCAUCAGAGAUUCCAGAGAAGAUGACUAUCCCUGGUGUGCCACAACAAGUCAGUAUGAGCAAGAUGAAAAAUGGGGACUUUGCCCAAAUUCUGGUAUGUGCUUGUGUUCUUCAACAGUUAAUGAAUAACAAGAUAGUCACAUCUUACAUGCUACAUUCAGUAUGUCCCAUACCUUAUAGCAGGGAUUGCCAACUUGGUGCCUUCCAGAUCUUUUUGGACUCCAGUUCCUAUUAUUCAUGACCAAUGGCUUUGUUGGCUAGGAUGAACAACUGAAGGGCACCAGGUUAGUAAAAGCUGCCUUGUACUAUCAUAAAACCAAGUGAGAAAUUUCGCCAGCAUUCAUCUGCUUUCUUUCUCUCCCUCUCUCUAGCUGGCCACUUUCAAAGAAAGUAUUGGAGUACACUAUGCUUGCAAGAACAACAUUCACACAUGAUCCAGCCAAAGUUAAACACUUGCACAUCCCAUUGAUUUCACUGGAAGAAAACAAAAGUGCACACUUCCCCCACUGAAAUCAGUAAGAUUUUCAAGUGUCAAUGUGUACUUUUUCCUUUUGCUGAUACAAUAUUUUCAAUUGUUAUCAUAGCAAGGGAGAUGGACUUCCAAUGCAACACUACAUGCUCAUUUCAUUAAACGUUUUCCAUAAUUCUACAUGAAAAUAUAAACUUUUGACUCCAUCAGAUCAGAUUCUAUUCCUCUUCCUCUCCCCAAUAAUUCAUUAAAGUCUUCCUGACAUCAUGGAGAGAAGUUGUUGUUAUCUUUGUAUGAGAUUUGUUAUUUCCUCAGCCAGUUCCAUCAAUAUGCAAUCGUAACAGCGAUUCCUUACAUCUUAGGCUCAAGUAUUUAGCAGCCCCAUAACCACCUAGCAAGAAAGAUACAACUUUUGAAAAGGAAUUCCCACUUGUUGUUUUUAAAGAACCAAGCAUGUUUUCCUUAUGUGCAAAUACAGCAGGAAUCCUGUCUCUUUCCUGUCUUAAUCUAGAAGAUAGAAGAAAGGGGAGGAUUUUUAAGAAGUGAAGAAGCUUUGAAGUGCACCUCGGAUAUAAAUGCCCUAGGAAAACAAAUGUUGCCUUUCAACAGUGUCCCCUGCUACAGUACUUGCAAUUUUUAUCAAUUCAUUUAUUGUUGCAGUUCUUACUAAUCUGAGGGUUUAAUUGUCCAGAGCUGCAGUUGCCACAUGAUGUAGCAAUUCACUUCUAAACAAAAGAAAUGUUACUUAAUAUGCACCUCUGUCUACUAACUCUAUUUAUGUGUCUAUUGGUCAGUGGAGAUCAGACCAAUAAAUGGACAGUGAGAAAGUAAAGAUGGGGAAGUAAAUGUUUCAUUAGAUGCUGCUCACCAAUUCAAGUCACUGUUUCCUUAAUUGUUAAAACUUGUAUUACUCACUGACAUUAUCAAGACAGGAGGAAUUCAGUCCUAUGUGUGAAGUUGAUUUUCCUUUUCCUUUUAAAUUUCAGAGUGCAUCCUACUUCCUGAUAUAGUUUUGACACCAGAACGUUGAAAGCGAAUUUGUAAUAAUAACGUCCUAGCAGUUCCAUUUGUUCAUUUGGUGUUAAUUAAGCUAGAUUGUUAUCUCAGAGUGUUAUCUUUCUUAAUUGCUUUGUAAUAUCAUGCUGUUUUUAACUUGAUUUAUUUCUCUUUUUUCACACAGAGACUGGCUGUGACAUUUUUUGGGAGAUGAACGCAGACACUCAGAUCUGUUACCAAUUCAAUCUUCUUUCUGUUCUCUCUUGGAAUGAGGCACGUGUUGCAUGUCAGAGACAAGGAGCGGAUUUGCUAAGCAUCACAAAUAUGGCAGAACAGAAGUAUAUUAGUGGUCCACGUGGUAGGUUUGCAACCAUGUUUGUAAGUGAAACCUUUCAUUUGACUCUGUCAGCGGCUAGAAUAGGAGAGCUGUCCAUUUCACAUUUCAUCCUAGUUGCUCUAGCCCCAUUUGUGCAAAAUUCAUUGGUCCAGUUCACGUGUAAUGUGAAGCCAUAGUUUAACACUACGUGAAAGAGCAGCAACAAACCUUGGGCUCACAUACUUCUUCCCCUCUCUUCCAUGUUCAGCCAUUGCACAACCCUUCCUCUUCCUGUUUUCAUGUAACUGGAGUUUCUGUUAUGUCUUAAUGGAGAAUUCUGAUUAAUUUAACAUGGUUUAUUGAAUCAAGCCAGCAUCAUAAAUCACAACUUGAUCCUGUUUUGUUUCAGCAGUGCAUAGUUUAAAGUAGCCACAGUUUAUCCUUUUCAGCCAUAAAGAAAAACCACAAUUAGCUUGUGACAGAAAACAGAUGCUUUCAAUCUCCUGUUAGGGGAUGAGGGAGUACACAAGCUUGAAGAUCACUGUUGUUCAUUUACAUAGCACUAAACUUUGGUUUAGCAUUAUGUGUGCAACGUGUCAUUGUAAUCCUGAAUGACAGGUGAUUCACAAAGAGGCAUAGCUGUGCUUCUCAAACUUUUUCAACCAUCCUACCGCCUCCCCAAACACCCUAAACUGCACCUACCUUCCAGAUUCCCCUCUCCUACAACCUUGUUCAGCAGGUAAACUCACGGGGAACUUUGUGCUCAUCCAUGUGGGUGGCUAUCAUAGGACAUAGGGAUCAUCUUGCUCCUUGUCUACUGCACUGGAUGUGUCCUGGUCUUCCUUUAUGUUGGGGGCAUGGUAAUAGGAAUGAGCCCAUGCACUUGGCGGAAGACAUUCAUUGGUGUGCAAGAGGAUCUAUAGUUUGUGAUGAAAUAAUACUAAAAGUUUCAAUAUGACUGCUCCUACUUCCCCUUCCACUGUUAAUCUCCCCACCCUCACCCUGCACACUCUUUUCCUUUCCUUGAUUGGGACGGCCUAAGGGGGAAAGGCUGACAGCAGCUAAACUUAAUACCAGGAGAGAGGUUAGCAGUACAUGUUCAACUGGAGUGGUUAGAGGAAGAAGGACACUUGUCCCAUGCAAGCAAGGAGGCAGUGCCAUAUUAUCAAACAGGCAGAGCAGGCACGGGCCUAUUGGCACCACACCUUUUAGGAGCCCCAGGACAAUGAAUCAAAGUAAUAUUGAUUUGAUCUUGAAAGAAAAUUGCAAAAACAUAAUAUGAGAUAAUUUGCGAGGGGGGGCCCUAGAGAUUUCAACUUCAAGCAGGCACUGCAAGGAGGCUCCACCCAAGUGUUUGAAAUCAAUGGGCUCAUCCUUGUUACACUGCUUGGCAUCUUGGGGUACCUGGGCAUGUCCAAUGGAGUUGAAAGUGAUUCUUGUUUCCUCUGGCAGUAAUGAAUGCAGAAUGCUGUUACCUGUACCUCCUGCUGAUGACUCAUUCUCCCUAGUGGAAGGUGGAGAAAGUAACCCACCAGCUUGGAGAUGCAAUUCCUGUAUAAAUUGGGCAAUACUGAACUGGUACCUGAAUGUCAAGCUAGAUCUCUUGUUACACUGCAGAACAGGUGGGCACAAAGGAAGUUCUACUGUGGACAGGUUUAAAUCAACUGGAUGGAGCUGCUGGCUGGCAAUGGUCAGAUGGAGCACCCUUGGCAUUUGUGAACUGGCGAUCAGGUACGCAGAUCCUCAUCCUUGGCUCUAUUAUAACACCAGGAUUCUAUGGCUAUUGCUAUUGAUAUUGAACUCAAAAUAUGAGCUGGCAAUAGUAUGUUCCAAUAUAAACAUUAGAAAGACCAGGUUCUGAGUUUUCUGUUCCCCUGAUUACUGGUAGAUGCAAGAAGUUAAUACACAUGCAAUAAAUUACUGUUUUAGAAUGCUGUUUUAACUGUUUUAGAAUGCUUAAAUUCUAUCCAUCUAUUCACCCAUCUAUCCAGUAGUUUGGCAAUGGACAAACUACGGGAUAGAUGGAUGAAUAGAUGGAUUUAAUUUAUAUCCUGUCCUUUCCCUCGAAGGAGCCCAGAGUGGCAAACACAUCCACAAUUUUUUAAAAAAGCUUUUUAAAACAGUUACAGUUAAAAAUGUUAUUUAAUCCACUGACCUCAGAUUUGCCAAGAACAGAAUUUUUCAGCCACCAAACUAAAAAGAGCCAGUGUCAGACUAGGACCUGGGAGAGGCCAUGAAGCCUCGCAGGGUUGUUGUGGGGAUUAAAUAAGAUGGGGAAGAACCACCUUGAGCUCCUUGGAGGAAAACAGUUGGAUGUAAAUUCUAUUUUAAAAAAUAAAACAAUACAAUUAAAAAUAAAAUAUGGGAUAAAGUAAGUGGUGCACUUCAGGACACCAUUUGGAUGGAAGGCUAAACUUGCCUGAUAGCUUCUAAACAAAAGCCAUUGAGAAUCAUGCCUGCCCAGGGGGCCACUAGGGGGCGCAUUGGAAGAUGGCCGACAAUACCAUCUCUCCGACCCACACGGGGUAAUUAAGAGGCUGUUAUGGGAGUAGGCAGCCUCCCUUGUUGCCCCAAGGAAAUGGGGAACACUGCCCUUGCCUGCUGUGCCCAUAAAUCACCCCCUAAUUCGAAAGAAGGGGGUGAGGGCCCUAGGCAGAAUGCCCCCGUGUGGACAUCGGAUCUCCUGGACGCUGUCUCUGAUCGCGCACUAGUUGCAGCAAUUUGGAAUAAUUAAUUUCAAAAGAAGCAAAUGAACAUAUUUCAAGUGAAGAAGGGGAGUGAAGUCUGCUAAUUUAAGUGACCUCUGCGAAAGAAGACGAAGGGCUGGAGAAACAGGAAUAUUUUACGAUGAAGAUACACUAAAGGCGGGGUAUGUUGACAACGGGGCUGAAUGGGGGGAGGGACCUUCUUUACUUUCCUUCUAUGUGAUUUACAAGAACCCCUCCUCAUUAGAACCGUCGGUUGAACUGACCCAAGCAAGAUGAUUAAGGUCUGUGUGGAGAUAAACUUUAACCAAACGUAUGCUUUAUGGAGACCGAGAAGCAAUAAGAGCUUUUGGGAAUGGCGCAGCAAUUAAUUUGGAGUCGCCAUCUUGCCAAAGGAUUUAUAGCCGGGAGGAAGAACGGAUUUGUUUUCAGACUGCAUUCCUAGUGAAUCUCCUCAGAGGUUUUGAGAAAGGAGGCAGAUUGGUGAAGAUUAAUGACGCUAAGACUGUUUUGAUGUAUGGAAGUGAUGCUAUAGGGAAAACGUCUGGAUAUGGCUACUGGAUAAAAAAAAUAAUAUCCACACAGGAUUACAAACUGUUCUAACCAGCUUGCGGAGACUAUCAGAGGUCACAAAGAGAAAGGAAAAAUAUAUGAAAAUAACAACAAGAGAUGUGGAAAAAUAAUAAGAAAGGACUGGAUAGUACUGUGAACAUCAUAAGGUUAGAUUUGUGGACAUUAAAACAGCAGUAAGAAGCAAGAAGUUGAUUGGAUCCCUUCGGAACUUGAAAUAUGGGUACCCCCAACAAAAAUUUAAAAUUCGGCUGUGUAAUUUGGAAUUUAUGUAAUUUGGUUUGAUUUGAUGUGAUUGGUCGGUUAAUAAAAAAUUAUUCUUAAAAAAAAAGAGAGAAUCAUACCUGCCCAGAUGUGGUUCUGUUCCUUGGUCAUCGUUCUGGACUUGGAGAAUCUUGCUGAUUGGGGCAGAAUGUCAGGCUUUUAGAUACAGAGAUAUAUAUAAAAUACCCACUGCAUAUUGUAUUGUACUGUACACAUGGUGCUAAAAUAAUAUUCUGUUUGCAGAUCCUUCUGACAGCUCUCUUGGGCAACAUCGCUGCAAAGUGUUUAACUCAAAAAUACAGCAGGACUGGCAAAGUUACCCAUGUGAAUCUGGAUUACCAUAUGUAUGCAAAAAAUAUUUAAAUGCUACUGAACACGAAGCAUUUGGUGAGUCUCUAACCAGCAAUGUAAUUUGAUCUGUGAGGCUUUUUAUAUCUCUUUCUACUUUUAAUAAGGGGGACAUAUGUACAUUCCACAUCUUGGGCUUCAGGCAGUUUGAGUGUUUGGGAAUUACAAGAUGUGCUAAGUAUGCCAAUUGAAUUCAGGAGAAAGGUAGUUUCAAGUAUAAAUCAUUGUUCGGAGUCCCUUUGUUUGUAAAUUGGCAUAUAAGCUUUGAAGGCAAUCAAAUACUUAACAAUCCCACUUUUACCAUUCUGAGGGCAAAAAGCGUACCUAUUUCAUUAGAUUUUAAAGAGGAGAAAUUAGCUCUUCAGAAGAACAUUUUCUGCAUGUAGUGGAGAAUAGAAUCCCAUUUAUUCAUUUUGUAUCAUUUCAUUGUGCAGGAGUGGGAAACCUCCAGUCUGCAGGCCUAAGUUAGUCAUUGUCAUUGUCCCCUGGCUCCCUCCUUUCACCUACACCUGAUAAAAUAAUACAUAAUACAACUGAUCAGCAAUGUCGGCAAAGGUCCCUGCACUGGGCUUCUCAAGCACCGACAAUCAACUGAGUGGCACUUGGGAAGCACAUUGUGCCGAGGUUGGGCUUCCCAAGUGCUGAGGAACCAAUUGAUCUUCUGUGCUUUGCAGACUGUUUUGCUCACAGUUUGGCUUCAAACUGUACAGGCUGAAUCGGGUCACAUUGCAACAGCAUUGUGAUGUCAUGUGAUUGACGGAGGGGGUAGUUUUGCCUACUUGUCAGAUUUGGCCUGCAGGGGAAGAGUUGGCAAUAAGGAUGCGGCCAGUUGACCAGAUGCAGUUCCCCAGCCCUGUCAAGGUGGUGUUAUUAUAGAUUAUAGUCCAAGGAUCGCCAGGCUUUUUGGAAUAGUAGGUACAGUUAUACUUUUGAGAGAGUACUGCAGCCACCACCAGUCACCAAAUAGCUGCAGUGGUGAGCAUGGCAGAACACAAAAUUAGAGGGGAUAUACUCAUUGCAGUUUCUCUUCCCUGCCCAGCCCCAAUGGAAGCCAACUACAGUGGUACCUCGGGUUACAGACGCUUCAGGUUACAGACGCUUCAGGUUACAGACUCCUCUAACCCGGAAGUAGUACCUCAGGUUAAGAAUUUUACCUCAGGAUGAGAACAGAAAUUGUGCGGCGGCAGCUGGAGGCCCCAUUAGCUAAAGUGCGGGUGGCGCUGUGGGUUAAACCACAGAGCUUAGGACUUGCUGAUCGGAAGGUCGGCGGUUUGAAUCCCCGCGACGGGGUGAGCUCCCAUUGAUCAGUACCUGCUCCUGUCAACCUAGCAGCAUGUCAAAGUGCAAGUAGAUAAAUAGGUACCGCUCCGGUGGGAAGGUAAACGGCGUUUCCGUGCGUUGCUCUGGUUCGCCAGAAGCGGCUUAGUCAUGCUGGCCACAUGACCCGGAAGCUGUACGCCGGCUCCCUCAGCCAGUAAAGCGAGAUGAGUGCCGCAACCCCAGAGUCGGUCACGACUGGACCUAAUGGUCAGGGGUCCCUUUACCUUUACCUUACCUCAGGUUAAGAACAGUUUCAGGUUAAGAACGGACCUCCAGAAUGAAUUAAAUUCUUAACCCGAGGUACCACUGUAUGUCUUAUUGGUGCAGAUUCCAGAGAAAAUUGUUUUUGCAUGCAAACAAGCAAUCAGCUUUUUUUUCUCCCCUUCUGAAUUUGUGAGCCUUUACAAUGGUUUAAGCUUUCUAAAACUAACAAAGCUUUCCCUGGAGUUUUAAUGGAGCCCAAAAUGUGGAAGCAUGCAUGGGUUUAUAAUUUUAGAAUAGAUGCUAAUUUCAGCCGCAACAUUUUCUUUAUUCUGUUAGGGCAGAGGUGGGCAACCUGUGGCCCUCCAAAUGUGGCUGAAUUAUAACUCACAUCACCACUGGACGUUUUGGCUGGGGCUGGCGGGAGUUGGAGUCAGCAGCAUUUGGAGGUCCAAACGUCCUCCACCCUUCAGUGAGGGUCUUACUCCAGAAUAUAGACAAAUACAGCUGAGACUUGUAUAUUGUUAGUAAUGCAUUGGUUGUUAAUGAACACUAUUUACACAAAGUACUCAGAAGUAUGCCCUAUUACAGUGGUACCUCGGGUUAAGUACUUAAUUCGUUCCGGAGGUCCGUUCUUAACCUGAAACUGUUCUUAACCUGAAGCACCACUUCAGCUAAUGGAGCCUCCUCCUGCUGCUGCUGCCAUGCCGCCAGAGCACGAUUUCUGUUCUCAUCCUGAAGCAAAGUUCUUAACCCGAGGUAAUAUUUCUGGGUUAGCGGAGUCUGUAACCUGAAGAGUAUGUAACCUGAAGCGUAUGUAACCCGAGGUACCACUGUACAUUCAGUGAAAGGUAACAGUAUAGGUAAAUCAGUCUGUUUCUGUUCUGUUUGACCCAUAAGUCUACAUUAACCUGAAGUUUUAAAAAAAUCUGUAUGAAAAUCCAAUUUAUUUAUUUUUUAACUCAUGAAUUUUUAAAUCAUUUUGAUACUUUUAUUCAGUGAGAACUGCAGAGGAAUGUUCAGGAAGCUCAAAGGUUGAUGGGUAACUGUGGUGGCAGUCUUUAUUUAUUUAUGUAUUCAUAAAAUUUAAAUGCCACUUGACUGUAAAAGAACCUCAAAGUGGUUUGCAAAAAAAGUUUUUACUAUGUCUACUUGGAAUUAAAUGGAGUUAGGAUUGUAGCUUAUGUUCCAAUCUGCGUAUUAGGCUGGAAGGUGUGGUUUAGGUCAGAUAAUGUCAGAAUUCACAAAGAUUGAACUACUCGAACAUUCUUAGGGCAAUUUUAUUUUCUUUCUUUGUGUGUGUGUGGGGUGCUUAUGCAUGCAUAAACAUAUUCAUAUAACACAUUUUUGCACUGUAGCUAGUUCUUGGUAGGCAAAUGUGUUCUCUUUUCUUAAAAAAAAGAAAUAGUGAAAAGAGCUAUUAUAUAUGUGCAUGUAUAUUGCAUAAAUAGAUUUAUGAGGACUAAGAAAGAAUUCAUUUGGUUAAUAUAGCCUUGUUUCUGUACAUUUUAAUUGAAAAGAUUCGUGGAAAUUUUAUCCUACCGACUGUGACUAUAAUUGGUAUCCAUAUAAUCGUUACUGCUAUAAACUUUAUAAAGAAGGAAAAAACUGGAAUGAAGCUUUGCUUUCCUGCCAGGAUGAUAAUAGCACACUCAUUAGCAUAACCUCUUUGGCUGAUACAGAGAUGCUCAUUAAUCUUCUUAAAUAUGGUGAGUUCUCAUAGUUAAUGUGCACUAAACAUUGGUUUAAGGUACAGACAAUUUUCCUUUUAAAGGCAGUCACACUGAAUUCCUUUCUGUCAAGUGUGACAAUACAACCCAAAGUCGAUAGAAAAACCCCAUUGGAGGCCAGUGUCAGACGUUGGCAUCAUCAGGAAGUUGCUAAAGGCUUGGGGCCCCAAGAGGGCGUACCUGCACUAACCCCUAACCUGCAGCUCAGGAGCAAUAGCAGUGUAAGGAAGAAUAGCAGCGUAAAAUGUUCAAAUAUGAUAAACUGGCUGGUCUGACGAACAGGAUAAGAGAAAACGGAGAUAAGGAAUAUAAGGAAGAAUGGACAAUGUUUAUUGAAUAUUUUAACAACCAGUAUAGACGAAUACAUAGCUUAGCAGGUCUUGAGUAAAUUCAACAGAGUUGAAAUAGAUAGAGUAUUUAAUAGAUAACAAAUUGGAUGGUUAAAAAGAUGUGGAUUACGUGGAGUAGUAGAAAAGCAAAGGAACCAGGAAAAGUGUGGAAGGGAAGUCAUAUGGUAUAUGUAUGCAUGCUGUAUUUGGUAUGAAGUCGUUAGUGGGACAGGGGAAGGGGAGGAGGGUUAAAUAUGCUCUCUGUUUGCAUGUUUUUGAAAAUGCAAAUAAAAAUUGAACAGAAGAAGAAGAGAGACAAAGAGAAAGGGAAGGGACAUUUAUUAUUUAUUUAUUUUUAUUUGUGCUCUCUCUCUAGAUAUAUUUAAAAAUAUUAUAUCAAUAAACUGCAUAAUAUAAUCCAUUUAAAUUACAUUCACAAAACAAGCCCAAAACAAAUCACAGAUCAAUACAUCAACAAAACUGAAAUACCCCUCAGGGAAAUCCUAGUAUGUAUGUGUAGAGGGAGGUGUGUGAUUGGCGAAUGUAUGUGACUUUGAUCCCGCCUCCUUUUGCCUUUGCCCACACCCACUGCUGGCAGUUGAGCCUUGGAAGGUUACUCAAGUGUGAAUGUGGCCCUCAGGCUGAGAAGUUUCCCUGCCCUUGUUCCAGGCUGAUGUGCUGAGUUCAAAGGAGGAGUUGUCACUGAAAAUGUACAAGACCCACAGGGCCGCUCAUGUCGAAAGUCCUCCUCGGCUAGUUAAAGCUUCUGUAUGCAGAAAUGAUUACAGCCCCUGAUGUUUGUUUCCUUAUUUAAGUAUCGCAUUUGCAUCCUGCCCUUAAUGCAGUUUCCAGUGCCUUUGAAUACCAGUUGUUGGGGAGCAACAACGGCAGAGUGGCAUUGCCCUCAUAUUCCCAAAGGCCAUCCCCAUUGACCUCUGUGGCAAACAGGAUGCUACGCUAGAUUGGCCUGAUCAGCGAUUUCUGCCCAGACACUGUUUCCAACUGCCAUAUUCCAGCUAUGUCUGGGAAAUUCUGGACGUACGGCAGCCCUCGAAACAGUAGUUCACCUGCAUGUUAGGACAGGGCAUCAACUUAGGGGCCUGUCUAGGUUGCAAAAGAGUAGUCUGACUAAAAUAUGGAGACAACUUUGUGCGUGUGUUUUUAUUGUGCUGUCGAAAAUUACCUGGUGUGUCCAAAUAAUCUUAAAACGCACUUAAUUGUAUACUACAGAAAAUGUGACAGAAACUUGGCUUGGACUGAGCAGUCAUAAGACCCCAGUUGCGUUUGAAUGGUCUGAUGGAUCUCCGGUAACCUUCACUUACUGGCACAAACAAGAGCCAAAUGUCCAUCAGGGGGGAAAUCAACUUUGUGUUUCAGCUGAGCAAUAUGUAUGUUUUAUUUAUUUUCUCUUUUUAUAUAUAUAAAAAUAAUAAUAUUUUGUAAAUGUUUCUGUCCUAGAAGUGGUGGUUUUUGUUUGUGUGUGUUUUGUUUUGCUGCAUUAUGUGUGCAAUGCCUCAGAAGUAGAAUAUUCUGAGAGCUCUAUUUUCUUGAUGAUUCUCAAGUAAUAUAAUGACUGCUCUCAUGCACACAGCAAAUCAUAAUGGAACAAUAUGCGUCCACAAUUACCUUGUCUUUCCAGUCCAAAUGUGUGUUAAUAAGGCACAGCUCUCCUCUCCUUAGGCUGUUUGAUAAACCUUCUUCCCCUGUAGGCCCACUGGUUUUUCAGUUCCAUUCCUUCCCCCUCCUGCACUAUCUCAGGGCUUUGAGUGCUCUACCUAUCUUUUUUUUCAGAAUCAUUCCUAUUUCACGUUUCCUGUCUUUUAGGUUUCUACUUUCCUCUCCUAGUUUCAUAACCUUCCACUUGGCCACUCAGUUUUUCCCUAUGCUCAGGCUGUAGAGGAGAUGACCUCCAAGAUAAACUUUUUGCAAAAACACAAUUCUUCACUGUUUAGCUUUGACGCGUUACAAUAUCGGGAAAUACUCUGACACUUCAGAGUAGCUCAUCAAGCUCUUGAGACAAUUCCAGAGGCAAAUAGGUAGAAUAAACAAGCAGUGGAAGCUAAAAUACGAAUGCCUUGACAUGAAUUUAUCGUAUUUUAUUUAAUACAUUUAUUAUUAAUGUGUGUGUGCGUAUACACACAUACACAUACAGAUUAAGGUCACAUCUAACAAACAUUUGCUUAGUCAAGUAGAGACUACUCAUGCACUUAACAGUAUGAAACUCUAUGGGGGAUCUAAAAAUGCUAGCAGAAUGCACAACUUCUACUUGUAAUCGAAGUAUUUUAAUGUUCUAAAAAAAAACAAAAACCACCACCACCAGUUUUCCUUCCUAUGUUAUGAAUAAGCCCAUUGAGCUAAUACCCCCCCCCCCUCCGAAAUAAUGACAUAUUAAGCUUCAUUAAUUCUUCCUGUUUGUUUUUAACUAGGAGGGACGCUGGAAAGUUAAAAGUUGUAAAGACAUAUAUUUUUACAUUUGUAAAAGAGCAGGAACUGUUGGAAAUCUCAUUUCAGAGGAAGAAUCAGGCUGCCCAGAAGUAAGUCUAAACCAAACAGUUAUGCCUCAUUUAAAAUAGUAAAUAUUGGAAGUGUUUGAAUAUAUCUGGAUAGGAAUUCAAGCAUAUUUAGAAUUUCACACCUUUUCCCAAUUUGCAGUCUAAUCUUAUGUAUGUUUGUUCAGAAACAAAUCCUGCUGAGACCAAUGGGAUUUACUUUCAGGUAAAUAUGCACAGCACUGCUUCAUUAACAAAAUUCCAGUUUCCAAAACAAGUUGUGUUGCUGUAGAUCAGGGAUGGGCAGCCUCUGGUUUGCCUCCCCAUUUGGCCAAGCCAUGGCCACCUGCCCUAAAUCAUCAGAUAUGACAUCAUCCUAUAUGACGUCAGGUGGAGGGCAGGUAAAGUCAUGUCUGAGUCAAAAACAGGUUUGCAGGCACCACUGAUCACCUGAUUGGCAGGCUUUGCCAUGCACUUUGAAUCAGAAUCUCUGUAAGCAUGUUGGAGCGCUUAUGGAUUGAGGUCAUGAAGUUUUCCUUUUGUGGGUCACUUGCUCUGUCAGCAAUUUUGAAUGCAGUUCUUCUAACUUUCUACAUCAAAAGGCACGGCACUUUGGUCGACCAUCUGUACAAAUAACAACUGCUCUAUGAUGUUUCAUCUUGCCUGUGGCUUUUAUACUGUUUCUAGAGGAAUGACAGGGUUGAAAACAACUAUUUCUUUAACAGAGAAGGUUGUGUUAACCUUCUAUCCAUACAUGGGCACGAGGAUUAAUUGGCUAUUAAAUUUCCUCUUUCGAAAAUUAUUAAUUUAUAUCAUUUGCUUUCUCUACUUUGGGGUGUGUAUGUAAAAGUUGUCUAUAAAUGUAUCAGUGCUGUUAUUCAGUGAACAUUUAAUAUAUUGAAAUAUUGAAAUUCAAGACAACUGAGGCUCUUAGCAGUACCCAGUGAGACACAGGUAACCAUCAUAGUGGUAUAAAUAGUUGAUUUCUCACCUUCAUGUUUAUAUAUGCUGAUAUGCCCUCUGCCUAGUCUUUGAAUAUAAAGUUAAUGUAAAGGGUCACAUAUAUUUCUGAAUGGGAUGAUAAAGUUUAACAUUCUGGAAGUUAGUUGCUAACUUUGUGAGACCGUUUGGAGCAACACCCCAUUCAUUUUCCUGCUUGCGGGUGGUCUGCCAUGCACAUAUGUCUGCCAGCAUGCAUGUGCUUUCUAAUUUGCUGCAAUAUUUGGACAGCUCUGUGUUCAUAAUGAGGAUGUGGGCCUUUCCAUGACACAUCAUUGAAUGGGAGAAGCCAUUCACUGGCAUGAACUCCUAUUUGAGCACCAGAACUCCUGCAUUCACAAGCAGCCUUUGGGCUGAAUGUCUUAUUGAAAACUCUGCCUCCAUUUGUCAUUCAUAAUACUGAAUGUCGCCACUCCAAUCUGAAACUACUUCUUCAAUUCUAAUGUCGAUGCACAGCUAGCCAGGAGUUUAGUUGACAUUUUAGAGUAAAAAUUAGAGGAUCCAGAUCCAUUUUGUUUUCAUUUGUGACUAUGAGAUACAUGUCAGUAUCUCUAAGUUCGUAACCCAUCGGUGCCGUCAUUUGUUCUUGGCUUCAGGCAUAUGUGCUUGGAAGACUAUCCUGCUUAUUUGCUUUGGUUGGGGUUUUUUAAAAUCAUUUUGAUAUUUCUGACAAAUUGAUGAUUCUAUAUCUUUCUUAGACACAGCAGCAAAGUGCUCAUUGCUCAGUUGGCCAUAUGCCAUGUGAUUUUAUUACUAAUUCAACAAACUGUUCCCCCCUUCUCCUAAUCUAUAAACUGCUAACAGAGGGCAAAUGUUUUGUUACUGAGGUCAAAUUCCUUAAGCUAGCUGUCUAAACACUAAAGCAGUGAUUAUCUAGGCACUUUCCCUAAGCCAGCUUUUGGAAUGGCAUCAUGGAGCUGUCAGAUGCUUGACAAGGAAGAAAGGAAGAAAUGUUGCUUUUUGAAGCUGACAACAUUUGGGUUAAACUAGGGUCACAAUACUUACAAUUUGAAAUGUCAGAAUUUUAUGUAAGUAGCCAAUGCUGUAACCAAUUAAUCCAGUUUGGUCCAUUGAAUUUCAGGGAAAGGAAUUAGUUGAUUGAACUGAGCUGAUAAAGUUAUAACUUGGUGAUGAUUCACACAAUUAGUUGUUGUACAACCAUCAUGUGUCUCUAUUCUGUGACUUGGAAUAUUCAGAAUCGUAAAUGGCUCUUAAACAGAUCAGUUUCUUAUAAGGUCCACCAGUAGUUCACUGGUGGGUAAUCGUCAGCCCACCAGACCUUGGAGGUUGGUUUACUAGUCUGUUUGGGGCAAGCCACACCCAACUUUCCCUGGUCUGACAUAUAUAAUGUCAGGCGCAGGAAAGUUCAAGCUGUGGCUUGGAACUUCAUGCUGCUGCUAAAUGUAAGAAGAAUUGAGAGCACACUCAAACUUGCACUCCAAAUUUUUCCUUUGCAUUCCUGGCUUGAAGUCAAGCUGGGCUGGAAGAGAAAAAAUAUUCAUUUGCAGGUGUGGCUGGAAAGUAACCCGCACCUGCAAAUAAAGAAUCAUCAGUUCUUGUAAUAACAGAUACCGGUAUAUGCCUUUAUCUUUUGUGGAUCAAAUAUUUUGUGAAAAAUGUAGGACUCACAGGCACAAAGCUUUUAGAUGUGGUUUCAUGAUAACAGUAUGACUGAGAUAAAGGUUCUACAUAAUCCCCAGUACAUAUGUUGUUGUUGUUAAAAUUUAUAUACCACCCUUCAUCCAUAGAUCUCAGGGCAGUUCACAACAUAAAAUCACAAUAUAAAAACACAAAAUAUAUAAUAAAAACAAGAACAAGAAAACCACAAACCAAUAAACCCCCUCCCCACACCUCCUCCCACAAACACAUUUAAAAGGGAUAUAAGAUGUUAAUCAGCCAAAGCCCUGGUUGCAGGGGAACAUUUUUGCCUGGCACCUAAAGGUGUAUAAUGAAGGCUCCAGAUGGACCUCCUGGGGAGACCAUUCCACAGAGAGGGGAGCCACUGAAGAAAAGCCAUUCUCAUGUUGCCAUCGUCCGGAGCUCUCAUAAAGGAGGUGCACAAUAAGGGCCUCAGAUGAUUAACUCAGGGCAGGGUCUGGAUAGGUUCCUAAGGAGAGAGGUGGUCCUUGAAAUAUUGCAGCCCUGAGCCAUUUAAGGCUGUAGGUCAAAACCAGCACUUUGAAUUGGGCCUGGAAACUAAUUGGCAGGCAGUGUAGUUGGGCUAGGAUCAGUAUAAUAUGCUCAAACCAUCUUGCCCCGGUGAGCAACCUGGCUGCCAAAUUCUGUACCAGCUGAAGUUUCUGAAACGUCUUCAGAGGCAGCCUACGUAUAACACAUUGCAGUAAUCUAACCUAGAGGUUACCAGAGCAAAGACAACAGUAGAUAUAGCCCCAUACCUAGUUAAAGAAAGAUUCUUUCCUUAAGUCAGAAAAUAUUGAUAUUAUUUGCAAACAAAAAUUGGAAUGACCCUUGAAGUUCAUCUAAAAGAAGUAAGCUGAAAUAAAUAAUUGAUAGACAGCUUUGGCUUAACAGAACUUAAAUAAAAUAGCAGUCCCUUCUUACGUGAUUCCUCAGCCAAGUUUAGUUAAGCUGCUUUAAUAUCACUAUACCAAACAUAUUACUGGAAGUAAGCUCCAGUGACUUCACAGUUCAGUGGCUCCAGACAUGUGGACUACCACUUGGGCAUUGCUUUAUCAUUCUCUUUCACAACAGGGAAGCAUUCACUGCAGUCACUGGGAAGCAAUGAUUUAGUCCUUUCAACUUCUAUAAGAGACUGGGGUCCUGAUUCUUAGUAUUGAAGAGCCUUCUAGGCAAGACAUAAACUAAUAAUUUCCUGCCAGAGUCGUUGAAGAAAUGGGGUACCUAUUUUGAAGUUUGGUAAGAAAUAUAAAAGAAUAGCAUGUAUAAAAGCCUUCUAGGACCUCAUCCAUACAAAUCAUCAAAGGCAGGUAAGUAUUCAAAACAUGAUUUAAUUUAAGGAUUGGAGAAGGAGGUUUAGUAACAUUAAAUUAAGUUAAUAUGGAACUACUCUUUGAUGAGUUAAGGUAAAUUUGUGCAAUGAAUAAUAAGAGUUUGACGGUAUUAUAAUUCACAUAAAAAAUGACCUUUAUCUGCAAGUUUAUCUCUAAUUGGACAGAGGUACCAGAAUUAUUGGGAAAUUACGGUAUAAUAUUACAUUGGCAAUUCUAGUUGUUUCAGUUGAAAAUACUCAGAGAAAUAGUUCAGUCAGAUGUAAAUUCUACCUUCCUUAAUUUAAAAUGGUCUCUCCAUCUCUCUCUCUCAAAAUAUACAAAGGUUAGUAUUUAAUUCAAUAAUAGUUUUCUUGUUAUUUCAGUGUGAGGUUGACAGCCUACUGCACUGAACACAGUUCCCAUGUAAAGUCUACCCUAAUUCACUGAGUUUCUAUAACAUUUCAGUAUGCAUUUGAUACAAUUAAUAAUGCUUAAGUGUUUGGCUGUAGGCUGUUUCAAAUUAUAGGGCUUGUUAGUGAAUGAGGUCAUGACAUUGACAGGGUAUGCUGGGAUGGCACUCUUCCCGGGAUGCUUAUUUAUUUUUUAAAACUAAUUUAGAGGCUUAUCUUUAUGAGCAAGAACGCUCUCCAGCCGGCUUACACACAAAUCAAAACUUUAAGCAGCGAUAAUAUUUUUAAAAAUACAAAACAUCCUAUAUAUCCACAACAUUAAUAAAUCCAGCAAUAAUUCCAUGUCCAGCUGAGAACUAAAACACAGGACUUGGGGCCUUCAACACCACACUGAAACCCACUCCCAUCAGCUCAGGUAGGGAGACUAUUAGGUAAUGAGUUAGUCAGUACACUUACAUCAUAGGAAUAUAGGAAUCUGUUGGUCCACUGGUCCAUUAUCUCAGUAUUAUUUACACUAACUGUCAGAGGCUGUCCAGGGAUUUAGGAGAUGCUGUGGACUCAGACUUUCUGUGUGCAAAGCAGAUGCUGUAACACUGAGCCACAGCUCUUCACCAAACUAAAUCCUUUUUCUGUCUUGGAAGCCCAGCGCACAGCCAUUGGCUGUGUUGCUAAUCAGAGAGGUGGUACACUGACUCCACCCUCCUUGCUCCUUUAGUUGAGCCUGAUGCUGAACCUGAAAACCUAGAGAGCUCAUUUGGGUUAGGUUCACACCAACCUUUGACUGGGAUAGGUUUCCGUAAUAACAGACUGAGUCAGCAUGAUGUUCAGUAAGCAAGUUCAAUAUAUUUCUGUACAGAGAUUUGAAUGUUUGAUGUCUUACUGCGCUUAAUGUGUGGGGCAACCCAGUCAGGUGGGUAGCGUAUUUUGUUGUUGCUUCUGCUGCUGCUGUUGUUGUUAUUCACCAUUUAGAAAUUAUUGUAGUUAAGUGGUAUAUAAAUUGUUUAAAUGAGUGAUUAAAUAAAAUAAUGAAACACUUACCCCCUGACCUGACAUUCAUCAGCAGCUCUUGAUGCUUUAAGCAGCCAAACUUCUGUAAAUAUUUAACUAAAUAACUCUCAAUUUUCUACCUUUCUUACACACUCUUUAUACCCAUCUUUAUCAUCCUUAUAUUUGCAUUGAAUCUUGACACUUUCUUCUCAAGGUACAGUGUGGUCACAAUCCAGUCAAUGUUAAACACUUCAGUGCAAUCCUAUGUACAUUUUCCUGAGAGCAAGCCGCAUUGAGCCGUCAGUCUUAUUUCUGAUUAAAUGCGUAUAUCAUUUCUCCACUAGGCUCUGCUUAACUCUCCCCUUGAAAUUAUUGUGUCCUGAAUAGAUUUCACUAUGCAUGGAUUCUGUUCUCUCUCUCUCUCUCUCUCUCUCUGUGUGUGUGUGUGUGUGUGAGAGAGAGAGAGAGAGAGAGAGAGAAUUAUCUUUGCAUGAUGAGUGGGUAAACUGCAGGUAUAGAAAGGGAACAAAAGAAGCCGAUUUUGCCAGCUCAAACUUUUUACCCAUCUAGGCCAGCAUCGCCUACUCUAGGGAUCGCAAGCAUGGUGCACUCCAGGUGUUGUAAACUCCAAUUCCCUAUCAGUCCUAGUACAGCAUGUCUAAUAGUCAGGGAUAGUUAGAGUUGUAGUCAUAGAAUCAUAGAAUUGUAGAUUUGGAAGGGACCAUAAGUGUCAUCUAGUCCAACUUCUGCAAUGAAGGAAUCUUUUCUCGAACAUGGGGCUCGAACCUAUGACCUUGAGAUUAAGAGUCUCAUGCUCUACCAGCUGAGGUAUUUUCCAGCGACAUUGGGAGGGCAUGGUGUUGACUAUUCUUGCCUACUCUGACUGUCAUUGGUUCUCCAGUGUUCCUUCCCUUCCUCGGUAGUCUCUCUGGUACCUACUUGGGUGGCAUCCAAGAAUUAUGUAUAGAUAAGUUCAUGUAUAUAAUAUGCCAUAUGUUACAACAACCAACGUUUGUUUUUGAAGGGAUGGGAAAGGCACGGUGGAUAUUGCUACCAUGUGGACAAAACCCCUCGAAGCUUUGAACACUCCUCCAGUGGCUAUUACUGUCCUUCACUUGCAACAAUAAUGAACAGGUACCUAAUUCUACCGUACAAUUUAAAACAACAACAGUAUUUUAAUUCUCUUAUGACACUGGAGAAGAAAAUGGAAGAACCAUGCUGGAUCAAUAGCUAAAACUGACGGAAAUAAAAUGUUCUGAUUGUUAUUGCUCGAGUCAAAAUGAAAACCGGAUAGAAUUAAUCAGUUACUUGCUAGAUUGAAAUGUUCAGUGACAUGCAAUUAUUCAUGCAUGCAAGAAUUCUGACAUUUUAAUUCCUUCAGGGUUGAUUUACACCAUCUUCAUUACAGGAAGCCAGGGAGUGUUUGCUAACAAUCCUGACAAAUAUAUACUCAUUUGCUCACAUGCAGCUAUUUGAUGCAAACAAUUCACAUUGUUCAGUUUUCAUUUUAAUAACCCAGUUUCGCCAUAUGGAAACAAUAAGAAAUAACUCCAGUAACAGGUUUUCUCUGGUUACUUAGAUGAUGCGAUUUUCUCUUUUUCCUUACACUUUAUUCUCAAAUUGAAGUAAACCCCAGACAAUGAGAGGUAUUCAAUUAAAUACUUACACCAUUGCAGGGUUUAGCGCUGGCGCAGUGGGUUUCCCCCCUUUCUCCUCCCACACAUGCCCUGUACUGUCCUGAAAUCUGCUCCAGAACAGAUCUAGAGGAUACAUGGGUGGAACGGGGGGGGGGAUGUACUGGUGUGCAAUGAGAAAUCCUUGCACAGACUUAGUGUUUGCCUUAGUACUACAUUGAAGGCAACUCAAUUUAAUCUGUCUGCUCAGAAGUGAGUCCUAUGAAGUUCAUUUGGACUUACUCCCUGGAAAGUGUGUAUAAGAUUGCAGCCUUAGUUAUAUUUAUGGCUUUGACAAAUUUAUGGACAGGAUAUUUUCAGUGCGUGUUCCCCAUUGUAGCUAAAUUGAGCCUCUAGGAACAGAGGUGUUCAUUUGAAUACCAGUUGGGGGAGGAAUUCUGGCUUCAUGCCCUGCUUGUGAAGGAUAAUAUCCCAACUCCCUUUAUCUCUGUUAGGAUUCCAUUUUGCUUGUUAAAACUCCGUAUUUGACAUUAGCAGUGCUGCUUAGCCAUCCAUGUAUGAAUUCUCAGCAACCUCUCCUAGUAGAAAUGCACGCACACACCCCAGUAUAUUUCAAUCAUAUCAUGCAUUCUGAUGUGAAAACAUAUCGUAUUCUAACAUAAAAGAAUGAAAAGUUGAGAAUACAUGAAAGGUGAUCGGCUAGGCGGGACUGUAUUAUUGAAUUUAGGUUAAUGUAGAGAAUGGAUAUAUUAAUCACGGGUUAUUAUGAAUAGACGUUUGUAGACAGGUAAAGAAUAGCAUAAUUAAUCAGUAAUUAAUUAAAUCAAACAUUGAAGGAUGGCAGUGUGUGAUUACAUAUUAUUAUAAUGACAAGGUUGGAGUGGGAUACUCAAAAGAGCAUAAGGAUCUCCGCUUGGUUUAGAAUGAAGAUUAUGGGUUGGAAUCUCUACGGGAAAGGAAUCUCUACGGGAAAGGAAAUGUGUAAGAAACAUUGCUUUGGAUCUGGUUCUUUGCAGCCUCUCUCAGAUUUUUCAGGAGGCUGACCCUCUGUAUGUUUGUAUUCAGUUAAAAUCUAUCUUUUCACUUGCAGUCUGCAUCUUUUCUGUUUGGGUCUCUGGGAGGGAUACCUCCAGUCAGUGACAGAGCUUCAUGCUCUGGCACCGGGGGUGAAGAGCAGAUGGGGACAUGGCUGGCGUGCAUCCUGGGGGCGUGGCGCACUGCUGCAGGGGCGUGGUAUGCAUCCUGGGGGCGUGGCGCGCUGCCUACGGGGGUGUGGCACCCAGCAAGGGGGGGCAGCUGCGAUGGCCCCCCCACCGGGAUUGUGGUGCCAAGGGUGGUGCGCUCCCCCCGCCUUCCUCUUCCUCCGCCAGUGCCUCCAGUCUUUAAAAUUUCACCAACAGUUGCAAGCUUUCUGGAGGCAUCCAGAUUGGUCUCAACUAGGGCCAGGGCCUUUUCAGUACUGGCCCCGACUUGAUGGAACGCUCUGUCACAAGAGACUAGGGCCCUGCGGGAUUUGACAUCUUUCCGCAGGGCCUGCAAGAUAGAGCUGUUGCGCCUGGCCUUUGGUUUGGACUCAGUCUGACCCUUAUGUUUCCCUCCCCUUAUGGUCUUGAUUUAUCGGCUAUUUUAAAAUGAGGCUGCAUUUUAAAUUGGGCCCCCCCUCUUUUUCCUCUAUUAUGUUUUUACUGUGAUUUUAUUGGUGUUAGCUGCCCUGAGCCCGGCUCUGGUCGGGGAGGGCGGGGUAUAAAUAAAAUUUGUUAUUGUUAUCUGGCUGGUCAUUGUUUGUCCACCUGAAUCAACAUUAUGUUGAUUAUGAUAACUCAUUUUUAUUCAUUAUAAAUUCUGUGCUUUAAUGUGCAUAGGCUUAAUUCAUAGCAGGUGGGGAGGGAGAGUUUAACCCUCCCCUCCCCUGCUGCUGUCCUGAUUUUUUUUUAAUAAAAAAACCAACAACUCUACUUUGAAGCUAUUAUUUGCACUGGAAGAAACCUCCUUCCCCUAUUGGUCUCAGUUGAGAAUUUCUUCCCAGCACAAAUACCAGCUUUGAAGGAAUGCUUUUCAUCAGGAAUGCAGCCAGGGGAAGAAAGAGUUCCAUCUUUUCCCCCUCCCUGCCCCUGUCUGCUGAGAUCCCAGUAAUUAUCAGCUCCCACAACAGGUGCAAACGUAAGGAUGCAUUUAACAUUGUGUCUAGUUCAGGCCUCAACUUGCUACCUAAGUGCACAAAGUACAGAGGCUUCCUUGACCUCCCCGGGUGGUGAAUUCCAUAGUAGUAAUUUAGGCAGUACUACGGAGAAGAGCCUAUCUUACGUUUCUGUUUUCCAUACCUCACAAGGUCGCAGGGCAAGAUCACUUUUUAAAAAAUAGUCUUGCACUGUUUCUGGUAGAUGUUCCACACAUGGGGGUUUACAAACCUAUGUAGGAAGCAUGUUACAGAGAUAUAGAACAACCACCAGGGAUGGCUUUCUGCAGAGUCUUAUUUGAAUGAUGCACCAAUCAUGCCAACUGAAAGCAGCCUCUUCUGUACCUUUAAAAGAAUAACUGUAGUUGGGGAAAGAGAUGCCCUCUUAAUGUGUGUUGCCCAAGUCAUGGAUAGCUCAGUUGGUUACAGCAUGGUGCUGAUGACACCAAGGUUGCAGAUUCUAUCCCCAUAUGGGACAGCUGCAUAUUCCUACACUGCAGGGGGUUGGACUAGAUGAUCCUUGGGAUCUCUUCCAAUUCUAUGAUUCUGCGAUUCCAUGUAGAACUGUAGAGCUGAAAGCCGGCAUGCUCGUGGCAUGAGCAGGAUGCCAGUUAGAAGAGGCAUGUCCUGAGCAAACAGCCGUUUGAACUUACAUUCCACGAGAUCUAAGCCGGUGAGAUCUGGCAUAUUGUUUUUCUUGAAGUAACUUACAAGUUUCCUCUAGCGGGGCUUGCCUCUUCAUCACAGCCCACCAUUUGCCCCCAGUGAAGUAUUAAAAACCAGACACUUAAUGUGCUUCAUCUGCUGUUCUUAUGUACAGUGGUACCUCGGGUUACAGACACUUCAGGUUACAGACGCUUCAGGUUACAGACUCUGCUAACCCAGAAAUAAUACCUUGGAUUAAGAACUUUACCUCAGGAUGAGAACAGAAAUCACGCACCAGCGGAGCGGCAGCAGCAGGAGACCCCAUUAGGUAAAGUGAUACCUCAGGUUAAGAACAGUUUCAGGUUAAGAACGAAUUAAGUUCUUAACCCGAGGUACCACUGUAAUUUGUUCAGUUUCAACAAGAUUCUAUACUGCUUUCUGUAUUGCUCAAAAGGAUGAAUAGGGGGUGCCUCUUGAACUGUGAUGUAAGGAAUCUAAUACCUUGUUUAUAUUUCAUAUUUUUUCAAGGUUUGAACAGAGUUUUCUCAACAGUAUGAUUCACAACAUGGAGAAAACAGAUAACCUUUAUUUUUGGAUAGCACUGCAAGACCUCAACAAUACAGGAGAAUACACUUGGCUAAAUAAAGAUGGGAAGCCUCAUCGUCUGACCUAUACAAACUGGGGAAAAUAUCAGCCUAGUGAGUUAUAACCUUUAUAGCUCUUGUUAAUAUUUGAUUAUUGAAGCAAAUGUGCCACUUUUCCUCACUUUCUGCUUUCCGCUUAUUACCAGGCUGUCUUAAUUUGGGCCAGAGUAUAACAUUAAAAUGGGACACAGGUGGCACUGUGGGUUAAAUCACAGCGCCUAGGACUUUCCGAUCAGAAGGUCGGCGGUUUGAAUCUCCGCGACGGGGUGAGCUCCUGCUGCUCGGUCCCUGCUCCUGCCAACCUAGCAGUUUGAAAGCACGUCCAAGUGCAAGUACAUAAAUAGGUACCGCCCCGGCAGGAAGGUAAACGGCGUUUCCGUGCGCUGCUCUGGUUCACCAGAAGUGGCUUAGUCAUGCUGGCCACAUGACCUGGAAGCUGUACGCCGGCUCCCUCGGCCAAUAAAGCGAGAUGAGCGCCGCAACCCCAGAGUCGGCCACGACUGGGGUCCCUUUACCUUUACCUAUAACAUUAAAAUUUACCUUAGGAUAAUGGAACCUGCAAGUACAACAAAUUAAGUGUUUGAUAGCCUGCUAGAUACCAGGGAUAGCCUUCAUGGUAUCUUCCAGCUGCUGUACUACAGUCCCCAUAAUGGAGGACAGCAUCUGGAAGACAAUGUCUUAGCCGACAUUUAAAACACAUGUCUCGAAAGUGUGUUUAGAAUUGCAGCCUUAAUUUCUGGAUCCCCUUCUUACAGUUAGCUGCUCAUACACUUAACCUGAUUAGCAAUCUCUUGUGAGCAAAUAGUCUGCUAGCAGCUUCACCAUUAAAAUUGCCUUGUAAGUACUUACAAAACUAAAAGGCUUGAAAACUAUAUUUUGUGCUGGUAGGCUUUUGAAGUUAUCUGCCAAGCUGCUAUUUAUCCACUUGAGACAGCCCUUCGAACAUCUCUCUCUUUGUAUUCUGUCCCCACUUAGUAAUGCACAGUGAUUUAAAGUUGCAUCAUUCUGUAGUUUCAUUUACUUACUCAUUUCUUAUAGCCGGAAGGACAAGCAUUGCCUGGUUUAUUAUGGAGGAGGAUUCUUCUUGUCCUUCAACAGUGACCUCUACUGGUUGACUAUAGGGAAAUAUAUUCAGAGACUUCAAAAUCCUAGUUAUUUGGUGUUUCUUAUAUCCUUUCCCCCAGAUAACUAAAGCUGCUGUCUAUAUUAUGGUUUCUCAAGAGGGAAUUGCUUUGGGGUCAAGUUGUUAUGUCUGAGUUUCAUGCGCACCUUGCAGAACCUCCAAACAAUAUAUCUAAAACACUGUUUCAGACAUCAGUCUUGAAUCCAGCGGAAAACAGGAUUAGGUCUGUAGCAGACAGAUGGAGAUAGCAGAGGGAAAGGCAGGGGAGGGCAGAAAGGCACACGGCCAGGUACUGAGUUAUUUGGAUGAGUUGGCAUAUUUUUGUAGUAUAAGAACUUAAACCAUCUGGUUCUAGUGGUGCCUACUUCUUUAUGGACCAUAAAGAAGGCUGAUCACUGAAGAAUUGAUGCUUUUGAGUUAUGGUGCUGGAGGAGACUCUUGAGAGUCCCAUGGACUGCAAGAAGAUCAAACGCAUCUAUUCUUAAGGAAAUUAGCCCUGAGUGCUCACUGGAAGGACAGAUCCUGAAGCUGAGGCUCCAAUACUUUGGCCACCUCAUGAGAAGAAAAGACUCCCUGGAAAAGACCCUGAUGUUGGGAAAGAUGGAGGGCACAAGGAGAAGGGGACGACAGAGGACGAGAUGGUUGGACAGUGUUCUCAAAGCUACUAACAUGAGUCUGACCAAACUGCGGGAGGCAGUGGAAGACAGGAGUGCCUGGCGUGCUCUGGUCCAUGGGGUCACGAAGAGUCGGACACAACUAAACAACUAAACAACAAAACACUUCAGUUCCCAGAUGUUUUCAGUGUAUGUACUAUAGAUGAAACUGUUGAAUAAGGUUGCAAUUGUGACUCCAUUACUCUGGGAGUAAGCCACAUUUAAUGCAACAGGACUUACUUCUGCAUAGGCAUUGUGUAGAUUGUGUAGAUGUUGUAAAUUAGGCAUUGUGUAGAUGUUGUAAAUUAGUUUACUGCUGACAUUCAGUGUAAUUCUGUAAGUUUAUCUAAAAAGAGUUCCAUUGUAUAAAGUAAUUCUCUGUCUGUCUCUCAUAUUAAGCAUGCACAGGAUUGCAGCCUUAAAUUAUAGUAGUUAUGCAGACACACCCUCAAAGCAUAACAAGGUUAGAUACUUUCCCAAGCAUUGGGGAGGAAAGUAUUGAUCCUUAUACUCUAGGAUUGCUAAAAUAAUUUUUGUUCCCUUUUGUGAAACUAUGGUAUUUAGAUAUUAUUUUGGGAAUCAUAAGUUAAUGGCUACAAUUAGGGAUUAGUAAUAAUUUUCUUUCCCUGCCCACCACAAUUUUUGUUUUUACUUAAUAGGUAACAAAACUCAAAAUUCCAAAAUUGGACAUUAUAAAUGCAGAGCAGUAACAACAUGAAGAAUGCCUGCAAUGUUUUGAACAGUAUUUUUGUUUUAGUAAAAGUAAUAAUUUAUUUAGGUAGCACUGAAUGUUUGAUGUAAUGAAAUAAGCCUUAGGUAUCACUCAGAACCGGUGUAACAAAAAAACAAAAUUAAUUUAUUUAUUUUAUGGCUAUUAAACUAAAAAGUGGUCAUACUAUGUAAACAUCACAUUUGGCAUCAACUGGUAACAGUAAAAGCAUGGCAUCUGAAAAUCGCUUCCUUUUGCCUCUGUCUUUUGGAAGGGAAAAACCUACCAUCCAACAAAAAAAAUCCACAUUUGGAAAGGAAAAAUGAUACUCAACGCUAAAAUGUCUUUCUCUCCCCACUAUAGGGCAUUCUGGAGGUUGUGUUGUUAUGCAACGACAGAAGGGACAGAAGGGUGUUUGGGAAGUGAAAAACUGUACAAGCUUCAAGGCUAUGUCACUGUGUAAGCAAAAAGCUAAAUACCAAAGAGAAAAUAACCCUAAUGAAGAAUCACAUUUUGAGAAGACUUUUAAUUCUUGCAUGUUUGGAUGGGAAUCGGACCACAAUCUGCUCAGCUGUUAUAAGGUGAAAAGGGGGACAAAUUUCUCACCGAAAACUCAAAUGAACUGAACUUAGGAACCCACGAUGGGGUAAUAAAUAGUAUAAUAUAUGCCAGACACAAAGUUCAAGUCGCCCUAUUUAGUAUGGACAGUUCUGGUUUUCCUGGGAAACCAACAUCCCCACAUUGUUCCUAUUUUUUACUUCUGAGGUGCCUUAUUAAACUGCUGUAAGUUUGAAAUGCUCAAGUUGCCAUUCUCCAGGAACAAACUACCCCUCCAGGGCUUCAGUUGGGAAGGAUGCAACUUGUCUCAUGUGCAUUUAAAUACAUGGGUAUAAAUGCUAAAGCACCAGGCAGUGGAGAGCCUGCCAUUACACGUGCUGCAGAAGCUGAGAUAUAUUUUGAAGUUUGAUAGAAUAUUGCCAGGCAGUUUGGGUUUUUUAAUAUUGUAUCUUUUACCAAAAAGAACAAAUAACACCUAAGCUUUUAAACAAAACUAUUGCAGAGCGGGUAAAUGAAUACAACAUGCAGCAAGCAAAGUAGACCCUUUAGCCACAUAUAGUAGUUGGGGCAAGCUCAGGCAGUGACACUUGACAGGAGAUUUUAUACACACAUCUCUUUUUUCAAUUGUGGAAUGUUGGAAAGCAUGGAGAGAUAUGUUUGUAGAUAACAAAAGGAGAGAAAUUUAUUUAUUCUAGAACAGGCUUGUAGUUUUUUUUAGUAUAUGUUGUAUACAGUGGUACCUCAGGAUGCGAACGGGGUCCGUUCCGGAGUCCCAUUCACAUCCCGAACAGAACGUAAGACACGACAGUGCGUCUGCGCGUGCGCAGGUCGCGUUUUGCUGCUUCUGCGCAUGCCCGUGACGUCAUUUUGACCAUCUGCGCAUGCGCGAGCAGUGAAACCCGGAAGUAACGCGCUCAGUUACUUCCAGGUCACCGCAGAGCACAACCCAAAAGCGCUCAACCUGAAGCGUAUUUAUCCCGAGGUAUGAUUGUAUUCUCUUCCCUCCAUAGUAUUUUGACAAUGUGCAAAUUAAACUAUUUUGGGGGGUAUUUGUUUUAUUGCACAGGUAUUUCACAGUGAAAAAGUACUGAUGAAAAGGGCUUGGGAUGAAGCCGAAGCAUUGUGUCAAGAUUUUGGAGCACAUCUUGCUAGUUUUACACAUGCCUUUGAAGAGGAUUUCUUGAGCAAACUUUUGAACACCAUGUUUCAUGUGUAAGUCUUCCGUUGACUAUCAAAGAGACUUCUGCAGAAGAGAGGGGAAAUCAGAUGAGUGUUUGUUCCCUCGAUUCCUUUUCAGAUACAGAUCUUUUGAACUUGGAAUUUAAUCUAAGACUAGACUAGAAUAUUUCUGCUGUAAUCAUACAGUGUGUGUAAGUUGUAGAAAAUAAUGUUCACCCGGAAGACUUUACCUUCUGCAUUUUGUGGUCUUUUGGCCACACUGAGUGAGGAUGACACCACAUGCAUCUGAGAAAAUGGACUUCAGCCCACAAAUAAUGCCAAGAAAAGCUGAUUGGGUGUAAUAUGUAGAGCAAAGAUGGGAAAACCUUUGGCCCUCCAGAUAGAUGUUACUGAACUACAACUCCUAUCAGUCUCACCUAAGGCUGAUGGAAACUGUAGUCCAACAACAUUUGGAGGGCCAAAAUUUCCCACUCCUGAUUUAUAGUAAAAAUAUCAGGAAGCGAAUGUGUUAAGCACCGCCUUUCUCUACUUACAGCUCCUCUAUUAAAAAUUGCAACUUCUUUUCCUUAAAACCAAUUAAGGCUUCUCUAUGCGCUUGUAGCAUGCUGUUUGCUUCCUGUUUUCAAAAGGUCAGGAAUUGGGUCACCCUUUCAGAAAAGUCUGGAGUGAAUCAAACAAUUCAGUCAAUUUCCCUCAGCUUCAUGCACACAUCCUAUUCUGAUGUGUGCAAAGGUACAAUAGCGGCUAACAGUGUUCAUCUGUCUUCUGGGGUUUGUUUGUUUUUUAAUCAUAGUGAUGAAGAAAGACAGUUCUGGAUUGGACUCAACAAAAGGAACCCAUUAGCUGGUGGAUCCUGGGAGUGGUCUGAUGGAACGCCUGUAAAUAUUUUUUCCCCUCAUUACAUUGAAAUGGGCUUUAAAUAGUAGAAAACAAAUUAGAUUGUUUCCAGUGGUGGCUUUGCUGUAUGAAAAAGCAUUCCUGCUCAUGCAAGGCAGGGAAACCAAUUUUCAUUAACCCGUCCUACCAAUUCAACCUCUAAAAAACCCUGUUCUAAAGGUUCUAGUAUCCAAUGGAACAGAAUCGGAGAAAAGCUAUAGAAGGUAGGUGGGAUCAGUGAAAAUUGGAUGGCCUGAGUUGCAUGAGAGGAAAAGUUUUCCACUAAGUCAAAAUUACCAUUACAUACAACUUGUUUUUCCUGAACACCUGCCUGCUUCAUCAAUUGAUAAACUUCCUGGCCAUUCAAAACAAGAUUCAGUCUGUGGUCUGGGUCACACAUCACAGUAAGUCAAGCCACAGUUUACAUGGUCCAUACAAAUUUGCUGAUUCCCAGAGAGGAGCUCACACUCACUUUGCCCCUCCCUGGUCCUUUUCGCUCAGAAUGGCAGCUAAGCCAAGGUUUACCUUACUGUGUCAUCCAAACAUGAGAUUGUGGUUAAGCUGCCUCCUCACCGCAAACUAUAAUGGUAGGGCAAACCUUGGCUAACUGCCAUGCCCUACUGAGCUUAAAGGAUUGGCAGAAAGCAAAGCAACUGUUCUCUUCCAGGGGAGCCAGCAUGAUCAUGCAUUUGAACUUAGUGUUGCACGCAAAUGCAGCCUAUAUCUUUUAGUACACUUUAAACAUUGACAAGCCCUUGCCUUGAUACAUCAUAUCUUAAGGAAAGAGAUUUCAAAUAAUGUAAUCAAAGGGAAAUUAAAACGGCAGAGUCAGAAUGAAAGUGAUAGCGGGAAACUAUCGUAGGGCCACUAAGAUGACUGGACUACUAUAAAAUAAUAAACAUAAGGGUCAUGGUGUAUCAUUGGGGACAUAAAUGCUUCAGCGUCUUGGGUACAUACCUGCCCCUCUGGUUUGUUUGGUUUAAAGAAAGAGAGAGAGAUUUUUGGUAUUUGGUUGAGAUGACUGCCUUUUGAUAGGGUUUGUAUUUUGUUUGGGGAAUGGGGAUGUAUUUUCCUGUUUUGGGGGUUGUUUCUGAGCAUCUUCAGUACCCCUCCCAAUUUUUCUUCUUUUAAAGGGAUAUUUUGUUAUACCACAACCGUUUCCCACUUAUCCAAAUGUUUCCCAGGCCCAAAAAAGUUGUGGACCCCUUGCUCUAUAUACCAACAAUGAAUUACAAACCACCCAGCUUUUGUUGCUGUUCAUAUUUAGGGAUCACACAGGUGGGAAACUCAUCUCUACCUGCUUGCUGCUUCCAUGUAGUUUAAAGAUAGUGCUAUUAUACACACAUACUCAUAUUAUCUGACACAAUCCAUGUGUCUGUGGCCAAGUGUACAGUGCACUUUGAGAAGUGUCCAUUAGGGUGACCAUAAACAAAUACGUUCCUCACAUAAAAACAGAAGGAGCAUAACCUGUCCAAAAGUCUUUUCCUUACUAAUUGUAUUCAUCUUUGUCUGUGUAUGCACUGUUCUGUGGCAGGUUGCAUCUGCUUUUUUAGAAAACAACUACAUUGAAGAUAAUGUGAGGAGCUGUGCUGCGUAUACAGUUAAUGGAACAGUCUUGCCGCUACACUGCAGUUCUGAGCGUGAAUGGAUAUGCAAAAUACCGAAAGGUAAAAAACCUAGCUUAAUAAUUAUAUUUCACUAUAUGUGGCUAUGACUAUUUUAUAAAGAAGAGGGGUGAUGGCUCAGUAUAGAGUGCAUACCUUGCAAGCGGAAUACAUUUGAGCUGCUCCCCUGGCUUCCCAGUGUCAUGCACUAUGGGCGGCAAGUCAGUGGGGAUCCAAUCCAGAGUGUGACACCAGGAGCGCAGGUGAACAGACCUGCCUCGCCAGUUCCUACCGGCAGAAGGACCUGGGUUCAGUCCCCAGAAUCUCUAGAUACAAAAGGGUGAGGUAGCAAGGUAUAAGAAAAGACAUGCCUGAGAUCCUGGAAAGACAUUGCUUGUCAGAGUAUAGAAUACUGGGCUAGAUGAGCUAAGGGAUGCGGGUGGCGCUGAGCCUCUUGGGCUUGCCGAUCUGAAGGUCAGCAGUUCGAAUCUGCGUGAUGGGGUGAGCUCCUGUUGCUGGUCCCAGCUUCUGCCACCCUAGCAGUUUGAAAGCAGGCCAGUGUGAGUAGAUAAAUAGGUACUGCUGCAGCAGGAAAGUAAACGGCGUUUCUGUGCGCUCUGGCUCACGGUGUUCCGUUGCGCCAGAAGCGGUUUAGUCCUGCUGGGGACAUGACCCAGAAAGCUGUCUGUGGACAAACGCCGGCUCCCUCGGCCUGAAAAGCGAGAUGAGCGCCGCAAUCCCAUAACCAUCUUCGACUGGAUUUAACCAUCCAGGAAUCCUUUACCUUUUCCCCUUUACCUUAAUCUUGUCCUAAGGCAGGAUGCAUCCUCACUCAUAGCACCAGCAGAACAUAAUCACAGUUACCAGGAUUUGAAGAUUACAAGGCAGUAUAUUUAGCUUGCUUGUAUUGUUCAUUAGUUUGGAAGUUUUCUUUGUUGAUGAGAAUUUGCUAAUGAAAUCCUAGCAAAAGAUACUUAAGAAAGGGAGGGGUUAUAGUUAAAUAAUUUCGGUGAAAGCCCAUUGCAUGAGUGGCACAAAUUGUUCAUUGUUUCUGUUACAGGUGUGAAACCAAGGAUUCCGCAGUGGUAUAUACAUGGUAUGAGGUGGGGAGGGGAGGGUUUGUUUGUUUGUUUUAUUUCACAAAUGCUGCAACAGUAUCAUUUUAUGAAAUACUGUAUACAUAUUAAUGAACAUAAUUUUUAAAAGGUUUCUCUGUGUUUCCUUAAAGACAUGAAUAAAAUCAGUCAGUUGUACAGUGGUGCCCCGCAAGACGAAUGCCUCGCAAGACGGAAAACCCGCUAGACGAAAGGGUUUUCCGUUUUUGAGUUGCUUCGCAGGACGAAUUUCCCUAUGGGCUUGCUUCGCAAGACGAAAAUGUCUUGCGAGUCUAGAGAUUUUUUUUUCGCUUUUCCCCCCCUUUAUCUAAUCUGCUAAGCCUUUAAUAGCCUUUAAUAGCCUUUUAGCAGCUAAUCCGCUAAGCCUUUAAGCCUUUAAUAGCCGCUAAACCGCUAAUAGCGCUAAUCCGUUAAGCCGCUAAUAGGGUUGCUUCGCAAGACGAAAAAACCGCUAGACGAAGACUCUCGCGGAACGGAUUAAUUUCGUCUUGCGAGGCACCACUGUAUUAACUUAAAUUUUACUUGGAUUACCAAAAUGUCUUCAAAAAACAAAACAAAAACAAGUCUUGUAUGUAAUCUGAAAAUGUACUUGCAGCAGCAUCUCCCAAAUUAAACAGUUUUAGCAACAUCUUACCACUAGGGGUGCAUCUUUAUCCAAACAUGCUGCAAGUUCUGAUCUAGAAGGAUUUUGCUCCUUUUGUGGAACAUCAGCUCCACAGCAAUAAAACUGAAUUAACUAUAAAAUUACCUCACGUACAUAUUCAAAUAGAUAAUAUUUAACUUGAUUUUUUAGAGCCAUCGUGGUUUUAUUAUCAAGGAGCAGAAUACCUUUUUUAUGACAGCGCCUCAGACUGGUCCACUUUUCAGUUUGUUUGUGGCUGGCUCCGCGGUAAUAUAGCAACAAUACAUUCUUCCAACGAACAGGAAUUUAUCCACAGCAGAAUAAAAAAGGUAACAUAACCAGUUAUUUUUCUACAUUUUCAGAGAACAGAAUUUAUCCCUGCCUCCUCCGUCUUACAAAAAAACAACAACCUGGGGAUUAGACACUUUAAAAUAUUUGAAAGACAUUUAUAGUUCAACUCUUAUAGUAGCCAUCUCUACAUAAUCGUGACAAAUGUAAAUAUAUAGUGACUCCAAAUUGGUGAAAUGCAGUUUCUGAGGCAGGUUAAUGGUGUAGGUGCUCUCUGAAAAAGACAUCUGUAAUGCUGUUGUUGUGUAUCUUCUCUUGACAAAUGGCUGGUAGGUGGUGUGGCUGGGCUGUAUCAAAUGGGAAGACUGAGAAGCCUAACUUGGCCCACAGGCCAAAGGUUCUUAACUACCGCUAUGUAAAGGUAAAAGGUAAAGGGUCCCUGGAUGGUUAAGUCCAGCCAGAAGCGAUUGUGAGGUGGUGCUGUUGUUAUUGUUGUUUAGUCGUUUAGUCGUGUCCAACUCUUCAUGACCCCAUGGACCAGAGCACACCAGGCACUCCUGUCUUCCACUGCUUCCCGCAGCUUGGUCAAAGUCAUGUUCGUAGCUUCAAGAACACUGUCCAACCAUCUCGUCCUCUGUCGUCCCCUUCUUCUUGUGCCCUCAAUCUUUCCCAACAUCAGGGUCUUUUCCAAGGAGUCUUCUCUUCUCAUGAGGUGGCCAAAGUAUUGGAGCCUCAACUUCAGGAUCUGUCCUUCCAGUGAGCACUCAGGGCUGAUUUCCUGAAGAAUGGCUAGGUUUGAUCUUCUUGCAGUCCAUGGGACUAUCAAGAGUCUCCUCCAGCACCAUAAUUCAAAAGCAUCAAUUCUUCAGCGAUCAGCCUUCUUUAUGGUCCAGCUCUCACUUCCAUACAUCACUACUGGGAAAACCAUAGCUUUAACUAUACGGACCUUUGUUGGCAAGGUGAUGUCUCUGCUUUUUAAGAUGCUGUUUGGGUUUGUCAUUGCUUUUCUCCCAAGAAGCAGGUGUCUUUUAAUUUCGUGACUGUUGUCACCAUCUGCAGUGAUUAUGGAGCCCAAGAAAGUAAAAUCUCUCACUGCCUCCAUUUCUUCCCCUUCUAUUUGCCAGGAGGUGAUGGGACCAGUGGCCGUGAUAUUAGUUUUUUUGAUGAUGAGCUUCAGACCAUAUUUUGCGCUCUCCUCUUUCACCCUCAUUAAAAGAUUCUUUAAUUCCUCCUCACUUUCUGCCAUCAAGGUUGUGUCAUCUGCAUAUCUGAGGUUGUUGAUAUUUCUUUCGGAAAUCUUAAUUCCAGCUUGGGAUUCAUCCAGCCCAGCCUUUCGCAUGAUGAAUUCUGCAUAUAAGUUAAAUAAACAGGGAGACAAUAUACAGCCAUGUCGUACUCGUUUCCCAAUUUUGAACCAAUCAGUUGUUCCAUAUCCAGUUCUAACACAGAGAUUUCUGAGGAGACAGAUGAGGUGAUCAGGCACUCCCAUUUCUUUAAGAAUUUGCCAUAGUUUGCUGUGGUCGACACAGUCAAAGGCUUUUACAUAGUCAAUGAAGCAGAAGUAGAUGUUUUUCUGGAACUCUCUAGCUUUCUCCAUAAUCCAGCACAUGUUUGCAAUUUGGUCUCUGGUUCCUCUGCCCCAUCGAAAUCCAGCUUGCACUUCUGGGAGUUCUCGGUCCACAUACUACUUAAGCCUGCCUUGUAGAAUUUUAAGCAUAACCUUGCUAGCAUGUGAAAUGAGUGCAACUGUGCAGUAGUUGGAGCUGAUACAUGAUUUCUGCCGUUCAUUUUAAUGUUUCCCAUAUUUUCAUUUUAAUGGACUGGUAUAACAUAAAUAACGCAAGACGGAGUUGGAUAAAUCUGUAUACCAGCAAGCAAGAAAUUCAUCUAACAUUUGUUUUUUUUAAAAAUUGUUUUAAAUUUUUUUUUUACAGGUAUCAAAAAUGAAUAAUGAUUGGUGGAUUGCAUUACAUUCAGAAAUAGCUACUGAAGGAUUUCGGUAAGACUGAAUUAUUAUGUCCAAUCUUACAAAAUAUGCUUAGAUUUGACACCAAGGGAGAGAGAUCUGGACUUCAAGACAUUUCCCUUACAAUAAUAUCUUCUGGAUUAUAAAUAUAAGUGUAAUACGGUUUUUUUGUAUGACUUCUUGAGGGAGGUGGGAAGGAAACCUACCCCCCACAAAAAAAAGCCUAAACAAAUUAUUUCUGUCUUCUUAUAGUUGGCUUCUGGUGAAAGGAUUCUUUUUCUGUCAUCUGUUCUAUUUUGAAUUUACAGAACUCCUGUUUUAGAUUAGAUCUUUGUUACAGAUUCGGGGGGGGGGAUAUUGGUACUGUAGAAUAUGCUGGUAAUCUAUUAUCUUCAAGUGUUGCAGCUUCUUUGACUAUUAUAGAGUUGGAUUCCUCUGGUCCCGUCCCUCAUUUUUACACUUGUAUUGAAUAAUCAUUCAGUCAUGGAUUUUUUUUUUAAAAAAUGAUAUAUUUAAUUACAUCUUAAUCCACUAAUUGAUAAGCAAAUCAAUGAAUUCAAAAUCAUUGUUCUAGAAAAUGCAUUAUAUUUUCCAGUCAUUUCUCCCCUUUCUUCAGUGGAAUUCCAGGGUGGUUUCCCAUCCAGUACUAGCAAGAUGCAGAUACGCUUAGCUUCUCAAGAUUGAUUCAACUUGCCUUCAGACUGCCCAUGCCCUAGGUUUAGAAUAAAGGGUUUUUUGACAGUCAUUUGCAGUGAAAGAACUAAAUACUUAAAAUGUCUACACAGAUGGGCAGACGGCUCACCAUUAUUAUACCAAAACUGGGAAGGAGGUGAAGAAAGACCUAUGAAUGCGGAAGGAGAGAAAUGUGGUUUUAUUUCUUCCCAAACAGGUACAGUAUAUAUUUAUAGUAACUCACUGCUAUAAAAUUCUGGCUCCGCCUACAUUUCAUGUUCAAUCUGCCUUCUUUAACUUUCCUCAUGCUGGCAGAAUCCCACCGCUCCAAAUGGCUAGCUUGCAUUUAGAGCAAAAUCAGAACCUGUGGCCUAUCACUUGAGUCGCUGCUUAUACUCCCACAGUUGGAAGCACUCUGGACAAUCAAGUGCAGAAUCCUAGAGAUUGAAUUCCAAACCCUUUGCAGUGCAGCCAACAAAACCUGUUCCCCAUUGAGGUUGGGAAUUCCACCCUCAUUUGGCCAAGACACUCCAUAUUUAUACCAGCUUUACGAUCCCCAACUAUGCAGAGCUCUUUCCCUCGCAAGAUUUAACGUCUUACCAUCUGCAGUUUUGCAAGGUAGAUUCUCGAAAAUCCCAUACGCUGAAAGAUACUGCCCUUGUGGCACAAAACAGGUUGAAUCCAUCACACACAUUUUAUUUUAUUGCCCAUUUUAUACAAAAAUAUAUGAUAAGUAUUUGACCUCCUUAUUGAAGGAGGUGAUUUAUCGCACAGACUCUCCCAGGGUGUCUUAUCUGCUUAACAAUUGUAGUAAUGACAUUGUGGAGAAUGUGCCAAGAUUUUCGAGUGACGCUAUGAAAUUACAUCACCUUAGGUCCUAAGAGUCAUUUUUGUACAUCACGAUGUCUGGACAGUUUUAUCCUAAAGUAUCUCCUACUAUGUUUCGUUAACUGUGUUGUGUUCUGAUCCAUGUAUACGAUGCACUUUACCCUAUGUCAAUAAAGGAGAUGGAUUGAUUGUAUUUUGUGUAUUUCUAAUAUUUAAUGAAACUUUUCUUUGAAGUAGCUUUCAUUCUGUUCCAAAAUAUCUGUUCCUGUUAAAGCUGGUGACGAUAAUUUGAACAACGUAUUGCUGUUUCUCAUGUCCCAGGCAUAGGGGUCGGUAUGCCCCAUGCUUGGCCUUUAAAUGUUGACAGCAUGACUUAAGUUUUAGGCUUCUAGUCAUUAGUGAGUCAUUGAAAUGAGAUUGCACUGAAGGAGAUUUGCUCGUGGAAGCAGGCUUCUGUAUGCAAAUCAACUAUUUGUUCAAUAAUGCAUAAAUUAGGUGCAUAUGCAAAUUCUGAUGUUGUGUAUUACUUUAUACUAGGUGUGAAUUCUCAUCUACGUUUUAGUGCAACCAGUCAUGUGCAACAACACAUGACUUAAGCUGGGUUGGGAGUUCAAGGCUAAGCUACUGAACAACAUACAAAACCAAACUGAGUCAUAUGUGAUUAGAGAAAAAAGAACUAAGGUGUUCUUCCUCUUUUAUACAACACACAUUUCAAAGUAACUUGCAAAGAAAAAUGGGGUGUGUAUUAUCUUUUGAUCACUGGUAUCCCAAAACAAAUCCUAAAACACAUUGUUUUGAAGCAAGUCUCGUUGAAAACACUAGGACUUGCCUCCUGUUUCCUGCAAAUGAAAUAUUUAGGAAGCUAUUUCUGUUACAUAACUUAUUGCAGGGGAAUAGGAAUACAGUCUAAUUUAGGUUGGAUCCAGCCCAAUAUAUUCUCAGAUAACACAGUAGAUAUUUAUAUCAUUUCUGCCAGGUUUUUCCUCCAUGAUAAAUUAUGCAUAUGCAUUUCAUAACAAAAAAUAUAUAUAAAAAUCUGUUUUUCUGGCCAGAGCUUCUUGAGGAUAUAUUUCUGGCCACAGGUGCUGUGUUUGUCAUCCAGACUGCAAAUCCUCGAGGAGCCAUAUGCUUUUGUUUUGUUUCUCCCUUUUCUCUUUGUAUACCUGUUCUUUUAAUCGUUUCCUGUAUGGAAUCAGUUGCUCUGCAGCCCAAUUUAAGUGAGCAAGCAAGCAAAACAUUGGCAUUUUGCUAACAGAUGAAACACCCUAUUAGCAAAAGUUACUUAGCACGGUACUUAUGUGAAUAAUAGUAAGUGCUGCCACAGUGCCUCUUUCUGUGAUCAAUAGGACUUAUCCACACUUGCUCUUGUAUCACUUCGUUUCCCUGGUGGAAGCUGCUCUUUACUGCUCAUUCAGAACAAACAGCAAUUUGGGUUUUUCCUGGAUUGCCAUUUGUUCCUAUCUGUUUGUUCCUUUCCCUUGGAAAGGAGUGGGGCAAGGAGAAAACCACUCGGACCCAUGCUGUCUAGGCAUGGUUCAAGCAGAAGUGUGGAUGAGCCCUCAGGCUCAAGAAAAUGCACAUAGGAUCACAGCCUUAAGAGUACAACCCAAAUGACGUGAUCCAAGUGCUUCCUUCUGCCAUGGCCACCAAUUGCCCUUCUACAGUUUUACCUAUGGCAUUACACUAUUGCUACAAUAAAUCACUAUUUCUACAAUAGAAAGUUUACAGUCUAAUCUUGGGGAGCUCAGGAAACAUCCCCACAAACCAUAUGGCAGCUUCUAUCAUUCCAGCAAUGAUUGUUGUAGGUCCACACUAUACCUUGAAAAAGAACCACAAGCCCUAAUAUUGGAGAAAGUUUUGAGCACUGUGAAAUGGCCUUUUCCAGUUUUUGCUCCCACAUUAUUGAGCUUAGAGCAAAGUUGCUUCAUUUGUGAAAAUCAAGGCUUCACACAUGGAGAUGUUACAUUUUUUGUCCUUGUAAUUACUAGAUGCAAGAAAGAGGAUUCUGGAACAAAGUCAAGCCUGUUGUGUUUCUUACACUGAGUUUUCAACAAAAACAGAAGUACAUAAGUAUUAUUCAUGUGUUUUUAGUGUUGCAUCAGCAGCUGUUUAUGGCAAUAUAGUUUAAUUAAAUAAGUUGGGAUUAAAUAAGUGUUCUUCUGGAAGGGACAUAAGUCUCAAUAACCAUUGCCCAUAAAUCACAACGUAUAAAACAAAUUUAUAGCCAGUGUUUUUAUAUCUGUAUUUACAUAGUAAGUUUAGUAUUAAUAAGUAUUCUGAUUUUAUUUUUUUUAUCUCAGGGUUGUGGGGAUUUGCAAGCUGUACCAAUUCUCUACCUUGUAUCUGCAAACGUAAAAAGAUAUGGACUAUUGAGAGAGAAAUACCCAAAGAGCAGCCUAAUCAAGGAGUCUGCCCCAAAGGAUGGCUUUAUUUUGCAUUCAAGGUACUUUCUUGCUUUGUUUGAACCAACAAAAACCAGAGCAUAUUAACAUACACUUUUAAAAAUAAAUGCGCAUUUGGAUGCUGCUAGUGUUUAAGAGGAAAGUUUUUCAUAUAUAAUUUGUUCCCAUUGAUUUAUAGCAGAAUUCACCAACUUGUCAGCCGCAGAAGCAUACGUUCUUUGCCUGAUACCCACAAGUUCUCCCUCCCCUUCCCCAUUGAAAUUAGGCUUGAAAUAAGGAUUCUUUUGCAGCCAAUAGAAGUACAGUUUCAACAGUUUGUCCCUAAAGAUUGGUGACUACUGAUUUAAUGGGAAAUCUGACGAUUUCGUCAGAUGGAAGACAAAUGUUGAGAGCACAUGAAACAACUGGGAGGCCUUGAUAUCAUACGUUACAGCUAUAGCUAAUAAUGACCACCUUCCUGAAGGUGGCAGGCACCCCUGUCAACAUAGUAGUGCGAAACUACCUAGUUAAUUCAGCAGAAGCUGGAAAUUGGAUUUACACUGUGCCUGUGAAUCUGCGCAGCCUCCAUAGCAAAAAGACAUGCAUUUCCAAAAUGGAAGGGUGCUGUAAACCCAGCUGUAGAAUCACUGUUAAACUCAGGUUCUGUUUAUGGGCUUCCCAUAGAACAUCUGAUUGGCCAUUGUGAGAACAGAAUGCUAGACUAGAUAGGCCUUUGGCCUGAUCCAGAAAGGCUGUUUUUAUGUGCCCUUGGUGAGUUACCUCAGGUAGAACCAUGGAAAACCAGCAGCUCAUACCUGGAGCAACCAUUCAGGCUGCAACUAUGCACUUGGCUGGGGGUUUUUUGGCUGAGAUUUCUCCUGCCUCUAACACUUCCUCCCAGCACCCAAAAGUAAUAGUGGGAAUUUCCACACAGACACAUACUUUAAUUCUCCUUUGUCUUGACCUAAUCUUCACACAGUCACCGUCAGCAGUUUCCCUUGGCAAGCUGCCUCGCUAGCCAUUGUUGCUCAUCACUUCACUUUUUUCCCCUGUCAAAUUUCUCUCCCUUGUGGCCUUCUGUUUCCAAGUACACUUAAUUCUUCCUUAUUCAUCUAUUUUCCUAAUCUGGGAUUUCUUUUGUAUUUCCUCCUCACCUUAAUACGCUCAAGAGUAUAUACUUGUUUUCAGAAGUGGCCAGCAUUGUGGGGCACCUGCCAGUGUGCCUGCUUAGCCCUAAAUCUUGCCCCAUCCUGGUAAGUGGAACAGCACCACAUUUGGAAGGGUGGUCUCUGCGCGCGCGCGUGCACACACACACACACAUACGUCAGCCACUCCUGUUCAUUUUCCUUUCUUCAACUUACUUCUUCAUUCUUUCCAAACUUCCUCUUGUCUAGGCCAUGCAACUCAAAUCCUAUAUGGGUUAUUCAGGGCCAAAACACAUGUGAUCUGUCUUUGUCUUUAAUGGUGCAAGUUUUCUUUUGGGGGUGGGGGUUAAUGGACAGUUUAUUAGGGUUCCCCCACUUUUCCAAUAGCAUAGUUUGGUCUUUCCCUCCCCACCCUCCAUUUGACUCCUUAAUCUCUUCAGUCGUGUCGUGGUUAAAUGUGUUCUGGGCAGUGAAUUAAAUAAAGAUCAAAAUCAAUACGCAACAACCUUUUGUUGCAUUAUCAGUGAAGCAGAUGGCAGAUUGGUGAGGCUGCUGUUUCUACACUAAGCCUCCCACUUUUUGUGGCAAGAUGUGAGCUACUUGGUGAAGAGCUGCAGAAAGUCACUCCAAAUCACUUGAAAGAAUGAGUUUUUAUGUUGUUUGCAAAACAAGAUUUUCUCAUGAGCUGCUAAUUAUAAAAAAAAAUCCUGCAUCCAACCAUCCAUGCCUGGUGUGACUCAGGAUUUCCAGUGAUGAUGAAUUUUUUGUUUGGCUGCCAGAGAAGCAUUUGUCUGUGGGCAAAAUGCCCAGGCGUUGAAAGCGUGCUGGUGUCCAGUAGGCUCGAUGCAGGGGUUUUGUUGUGGUUGUUGUUGAAUUAGUCUCAGUCUAAUAUUGCAGGUGGCUGCCUUAACGCUGCACAAAGCUUUUUGUCCAUUGUGCUGUUGCUAGGCAAAUCUCCAGUUAUGUGUUCCAGUUUUGUCUGGUUGAGUUCACGACUGGGCUUAGUGCAUUACAUACUAAGGAACAGAAGCAUUUGUUAAGUUUUCUGCAGAGUGCCAAGGAACGUGCCAUGAGUAAUAGGUCUGGUGUAUCCCUGCACUUAGUGCAUCUGAUCCAAAUCUUCCCCUUCUACUGUGUUGUGGAAAUUGCCAAGUUCCUACCAAGGGCAGAGGGGACCUUAAACGCCUUCUGGAAUGUAGCCAAGUUUUAAAAUGUGCUGUUCUGUGUUGGGAGUUGUGUGAUCCCUCUUUCUACCCACUAUUUCCACAGCACUGAGUUGUUGGCUAUUAUUAUGUAUGGGUUGCCCUAGAGAGUAAGGUCUAGGUAGGUCAAAAUAUACCCUUCCCCUCCAUUAACAGUUACUGCUCCAUUUAAAUAACUUUCCUUUUUUGAGCAGUGCUUUCUGGUGCAGAUUCCAAAGGACCCAGGCCUCCUGAAGAGCUGGAAUUCUGCACAAGCUUUCUGCAGUCACUAUGAUGGAUCGCUUGCUUCAAUUGAAAAUGAAGUUGAACAAGGUAUAAUAGUGAACCAUUUCAUAACGGCACUAUAAAAAUUUUUUGUUUGUUUGUUUUAUGUUUUAUGUUUGUUUUAUGUUUGUUUUAUGUUUAUGUUUGUUUUAUGUUGGCCUAACCAACAGAUAACCUGUGCACCUUAAAUAAAACCACAAGUGAGUUGUAACAGCUUCAGUAGCUAUUCUUAAGUAUUGGUACUGAGAGGAUCCAAAUGCAAUUCCUUCAACACUAAAAAUAUGACCUGAGUGAGUUUUCUGUGCUAUAUUCAAAUAUUUGUUGUUUUCUACUAUGGCUGCAAAAUACAACUGCACAUCGUUUAGUUACCAUUACAGAUCUUCUCUUCCAGCUGUUCUUUGAAGUCUGUAGUUAAAAGAGGAUAAAUGUAUUUUCCGGGGGGAGGGUGGGAGUAAUGAUGUCAAAAAAGAUGUAUAUUCUCAUUCCAUAAGUUGGAAGUCAUUCCAUUCUGGGAAAGGUCCCAUCUCUUGGGAAAAGAAAGCAGGACUAAAACUGUUUUCUGGCAUUUGGGACGGACACACACACACACACACACACACACACACACACUUGAUGUCUAUUUGUCUUCCUGCCUCAGACAGCAAAACAAGAUUUCUGCUGAGCUCUUUAAGAACUGCAAAAAUCAAAAUGCAAUGUCAAAACAAUAUCAGAACGACAAUCUGCAGACACCCAACGGCUUCAGCACUUCCUCCCUUUAAGCCAGAUAGGAAGGGAAGGUUUGGGAGUAUGUGGCUUAAGGUAGUGCCUGAAAAUGUACUUACCUAACACUGCACAGACUGGCAGACGCUUCACUCUCUCUACCUGGGAUCAGCCAGGGGCCAAGAGAAUAAAUAUGUCAUUAAGAAAUAGAUUUACGUAGCUCUCAGAAGUGUUUUAGAGGAAAGCAUACCAGCCUCUUCUGAUUUGAUUGAAAUCUGUCCCAUAUAUUCUCCAAAGACCGUAUGACUUCCCUAAAAACAUGUCCUGUAGCUAAAGUUAUCCUGUCCAUGGGUUCUGAUGACUUGCUGUCACCUCUCAUACUAAAAGAAGUGAAACAGGCCACUGCAUAGAUUUUGUAUGGCCUUGUGCACUUCAUCCAUGUGGGCAAAUGGGCUGUCCUCCAUCUCAGACAUCUUCAGAUGCCUAAAACAUGGCCUUAAGAGGAUGUCACUUGUUGCUGCCCUCAUAACCUCCUCCAGAAUUAAAGGUUGAUUACUUGAGGAUCAAGGAUUCCUGCCUUACACAGGAAAUGGCCUUAGACCUGCCUUCUGUUCACAGGAGGUGGGUUCUAACCUGAUAUUGAAAAGAGCAAAAAUAGCACCGGGUAAAAAAGUCCCGUUUCAAAACACUGAUAACUAACCAGUGCCAGUGCUUGCUAGGGUAAGGUGCCAGAUCUAAACACUAUAACUAUCACCCAGUCUUGUACUGUGUUUGCAUUGGUAAAGUAUUCUACUGCAUUCAGCCUUUGCAAAUAAACUUGGAAAUUGGAAACUGACAGUACGAAGGAGACAGAGGUACAGAGAGCUAUAAAGGGAGGUUACUUGAAAGUAAGCCUGAGUUACUCCCAUGUAACUGUGCCUGGCAUGACAACCUUUUUGCCAUUUCACACUUUCUCUGGGAGGAAAAAGGAGAAGAAGCUGCUGUUGUCUGUGUCUGUCGCGUAUUGGGCCCUCAUUUCUUGUUCUAUUGUUUUGACUGCAUUUAUAGUUCUGGCUUCCGCCAGAGCAGAUGAACUUUUUGGAAAGAAAGUGGAACAACUGAGGCCUAGCCUGCGGUGAAGAAUGCUGUAGCCACUUCUUCAUUUCCCUUCCAAAUAAAGCUUCAAGUGGGUGGUCACAAUUGUGGGAACAGUUACCUGGAAUUAAAGCUCAAUUAAUUCACCAGGACUUAUUUUUGAGUGAAUAGGCAUAGAUCAAGUUGUGUUAGCCUCUGUUGUGGCACGCACAAGAGACAAAAUACACCACAGAGUAGGUGGGGAAAGAAAACAGCAUUACAUCAGGUCAUUUCCCACUGGCUUAAUCAGUAGUUUUUUCACUUCCAUGUGACUUCAGCCUCUGUAAAGUGCCACUAAGUAGAGACUAACUUAAUUGUUUUGCAUCUGUUCUUAAUGAGUUAAAAAAAGUCUGUCAUCUUCAAUUGCUUGAUUUAUACCUACAGGUGAUUCAUUUCUAACUGUGAUUUCCUUGUCUAGCUUUCAUAACAAUGAAUCUGUUUGGGCAUAAAUCAAAUAUCUGGAUUGGUCUGCAGAGUACUGAUUACGAAAGAUGGGCCAAUGGGAAAGAGGUGGAAUAUUCCAACUGGUAUCCAGCAGAAGCAGUUCAGGCAAGUGUUAAAAGUAGCUUUGUGUGGAGUUUUUGUUUGUGCGUUUUUUGACAUUGGCUUUUUCUUGUAUCCUCCUUUUCAGUCCUUUCUAAUAAACAUUGUCAUAAUGAUAAUAAUAAUUUAUUACUUAUACCCUGCCCAUCUGGCUGGGUUUCCCCAGUCACUCUGGGAGGCUUCCAACAGAAUAUUAAAAGCACAAUAAAAGAUGAAACUUCCCUAAACAGGGCUGCCUUCAGAUGUCUUCUAAAAGUCAGAUCAUUGUUUAUUUCGUUGACAUCUGAUGGGAGGGCGUUCCCUAUCCAUAAAGUUGUAAAUCCUGCCGUCAGGUCAAUAUUCUUUCUUUGUUUCUGCAAAUUUAAUAUAAAAGGUUCCCACUCUUUUUCAAAAUCCCUAUUGUCCUUUUCCCGAAGUCUGUCUGUCAGCUUCACCAACUCCGCAUAAUUCAUCAGUUUUUCUUGCCAUUGUUCUUUUGUUGGAAUUUCUCCAGUCUUCCAGUUCUGUGCUAUCAAUAUUCUUGCCGCUAUCAUAGCAUACAUAAAUAGUGUCCUUUUCUCUUUCGGUAGACCUUGUCCUAAAAUACCCAACAGGAAGGCUUCUGGCAGCUUAACAAAUGUUAUUUUAAACAUUUUUUAAAAUUCAUUAUAUAUCAUUUCCCAAUAUACCUUAACACUUUUACAAUCCCACCACAUAUGGUAAAAGGUCCCUUCAACCUCUUUAUACCUCUGUUCAUUUUUAUAUAUUUUGGCCAAUUUCACCAGUGAUAUGUACCAUCUAUACAUCAUCUUCAUAUAAUUUUCUUUUAACAAUAUACAGUCUGUAAACUUCAAAUUUACUUUCCAAAGUUUUAUCCAAUCUUCGAAUUGUAUAUUGUGGCCUAUAUCUUGCGUCCAUUUGAUCAUAACUCAUUUUACUUCCUCAUCUUUCGUUUCCCAUUCCAAGAGGAUACUGUACAUCUUUUUUAGUAAUUUUGAGUUCUCCUCUAUUGCUUCCUUUUGGAAUUUAGAAACCGUGUAUAGAAAGCCUUUCUUAUUGUCCUCUUUGAAGAUAUCUUUUAGCUGCCUAUGAUGCAACCAACUUUGCAAAAGUUUGUUGGUCAAACUUUUUAUUUUUUAAGUACUGAGAAAUCUAUUGCUCUUUCAUAAAAGGUUCAGGGUCUUUUCAUUACUGUAUACUGAGUAAUCUUCUCUAUUUUUUCUGAUGAUCAUUUUGUUAAUAUGUCACAUAUAUAUGUGUGUGUGUGUCCGUAUGUGUGUGUGUGUGUGUGUGUGUGUGUGUAUGUAUAUGUGUGUGUAUUGUUCUCACAGUGAUUUCCAUCAUAACAUAUUGUUUACAGAAUCACCAUGAUCACACUACUGAAAUCCAAGAAAAAGCUCCGCUAUGUGCUUCCAUAUUAAAUAAACCUAGCUUCAGUUUAAUGGGAAAAUGGCACCUAGAAAACUGUGGAAAAAGUAAUGGGUUUAUCUGCCAAAAGGCUCAAGGUAAAAAAAUAUUUUUUUCCUACUUAACCACCCCUAAAAAGGCACUUAUAUAUGUCUACUCCAAAUUAAGUCUUACUGAAUUUACAGGGGUUACUCCCAGAUAAGUAGAUAAAGGAUUGAAAAACUAUUGUGUAUGUUGAAUGAGUAUAUGCACAUCUGUUGAGCGAGGGUGUGUUUGUGUUUGUGGAGGGGCACAGGUCCUGAGCACACACCCAUUGCUUCACAUGUGGCCCUCAGAGGCAAAAAAAAAAAAAAAGUAACAUAAAUCAUGUAACAUUUCUUUUUGUAAGCAUGUAUGUUCUGUUCCUUUUAUGUGUGAGAAAAUUUCCAAGACAUAUUAGCACUUCAGGAGGUAUAAUAGUCAUAGUAUGGGAUUUAGCUUACUAUUUAACAUUUAACAUUAUUUUGCUCCAACAGUGUUCCUGGCAUUGUGCAGAACACGGAAUGCAUUUUCCCUCCCAUCAGUGCUUACUGCUACAAUUAGUAAUUGGAUUUUAGAAGGAUGAGAAGCGGGAAGAGAAUGGGCCAGCACCCUCCCCAUUCUGCAAAGUAUAAACUGCUAGUUGGUGCUGCUCUUUCCACACAUCUCUCUUGGCUCUGUUGACUUCUGGAGUGGAGCUACUUUUCAGGGGGUGCAGUUUUUGGCAUGGGACUGAUCUUUAUCUCAGUGGCGGAGCUUCAUGCUCCGGUACCAGGGGCAGGGGUGGAGAGCAGGCGGGGUCAGGGCUGGCGCACGUCCCGGGGGCGUGGCGCGCUGCCCGUAGGGGCGUGGCAUGCAUCCUGGGAGCAUGGUGUGCCGCCCAUAGGGGCAUGGCGCCCAGUGCGGGAGGGGGGCAGCCGCGAUGGCACCCUGCCAGGAUCACGCUGCCAGGGGUGGUGUGCUCCCCCCACGCCUCUUCCUCCGCCAGUGCUUUAUCUUACAAUCAAGAGAGAAUGUACAGGGUUUGGUUUUAAACAAAUGGCAUAGUGGGGUUUUAAAGGUCUGCCAAAAAACAGAACCUCUUCAUUUUCCUUUCUGUGCCUUUUUUCUCCCAGUUCUGUCAAUCCCCAGUGAGUUACCUUAAAGAAAAUACAAGCAAAUGAUAUUUUAAGAUACCAUAUGAGUCAUAAAUUGCUCUGAGUUAAUUUUAGUAAGCAAUUUAAGAAAUAGUAGACACAACAGUAUUAUGAGACAAAAAUGGCCUCUGAUCAUCCAGCUGCAAUGGUACAUUUGUAUCUCUGCUCUCUUCUUUGGAAAUGAAACAUGAAAUGUUUUCUGUCUAGUGAAUGUUUGGGCAUGUUACAGUCCUACUGGCUAAGAUUAGUGGUUGAGCUUUUCACUCUUCCCAUUUCCCAAGACUGCUUCAAGCUUCAUCAUAUGAUUUUAUUUUAUUUUUUACUAGUAGCAGAUGUCACCCUAGACCAAAGGAGAACUCUUGUCCUUACAGUGGUACCUUGGUUUUCGAACAUAAUCCAUUCCAGAAGACUGUUUGAGUUCCAAAACGUUUGAAAACCGAAAACUCAAUACGGAAGCUGCAUGGCAUGUUCUACUUCCAAGGCGUGUUCGAAAACCAAAGCAUUUACUUCCAAGUUUACGGCGUUCGAAAACCAAAACGUUCGUCAACGGAGACAUUCGAAAACCGAGGUACCACUGUAUUUGGAUACUAGUAGUAGCACUCCAUAAGCAAGAGUGAUUCAUAAUGUUCCAUUCAACUAAGUCCUGCUCAGAAUCUAUUUCCAUUGGAUAGGAUUCAACAUGGUGGGGCUUAUGCACAUGGGAAUGCAGUCUACGCAUGCAGUGGGACCUUACCCCCUUCUCCUUCCUACCACGCUCCCCCCACACCUGUUCUGGGGGUUCCUCCAACCUUCCAGAGCAAAUUUAGGGGGCAAAGAGGGAAGAGAGGGGACGUCCCAUUGUGUGUGCAGACCCCAAUCUGUGCAUGCAACAACUUAGUUGAAACUGCUUGGAGAAUUGUCAUAUUCACUCUCUUUGUUAUGGUAAUGUACUUUAAAAUUCAGCAUAAACUUAAAUUCUCAAAGUACUUACAGCUUGAACUGUGAUGUGCUAGUAUGGGGCUUAUGCCUUUUAAUUAUGCUUACAAGGAUCUGUCCUUCCAGUGAGCACUCAGUGCUAGUGUCAGUGAAAAGGCACAACUGGUUCCUUUAUGCUACUAUUCAGUUCUGGUCCAAGUCUGUGCAGUGAUUGGUGCUUUCAAGGUUUUCAAAUACUGAGCCAACGAAAAAUGUGAUUUUAUUAUUUACUCCUCCAUUGGCUGAAUUUUAAACAAGUUCUGGUAAUAGUAUUAUGUACCAUAAUAUCCUCUAAUAUCUAUUUUGUUUGGGUUUUUUCCUUGCUGCUUUUAAUAGACUAAUUUAGUUGUUGCUUAUAUUACUUUCACACAUGGCUAUAUCCUGUUUGAAAAUGUAAAUUUCUUAAUAGCAUACAUUAAACUGAAAAGGUUUUCUACGGUGUUCCAGGUAACUCUUGAUCUUUCAUUUUAUUCUUGUCACAGAUAUGUCUAGAAAUGUCAUACACUCUUCCGUGAUGUACCCAGUACCAAAUACUUUAGAGUAUGCAAACAAGACAUAUACAUUAAUCCGUGGGAAUAUGACUUGGUACAUGGCUUUAAAAACCUGCAAGGAAAAUGGGGCUGAAUUGGUCAGCAUUUCAGACCACUAUCACCAAGCCUUCCUCACUGUAAUUGUAAAUCGACUGGGCUUCGCCCAUUGGAUUGGAUUAUUCACUUCAGAUGUAGGUAUUUAAAAUAUUUGCUCAUUUGCUGUGAUUUAGCAAGUAUGUUCAAAUUUACCCUUUCAGUGGCUGAACAUGUUAAGUGAGUUUGUAAAUAAAACUAUGUGUGUCUUUAUUACCAUUUGCCUCUAUAAGUACCUUUUUAAAAAAUACUGGGGGGAGAGGCUGCAGUUCAGUGCAUGAGGGUCCAAGGGUCAAUCCUCAGACUGAGAGUCAGUGUGGUGUAGUGGUUAAGAGCGAUAGACUCGUAAUCUGGGGAACCGGGUUCGUGUCUCCGUUCCUCCACAUGCAGCUGCUGGGUGACCUUGGGCUAGUCCCACUUCUCUGAAGUCUCUCAGCCCCACUCACCUCACAGAGUGUUUGUUGUGGGGGAGGAAGGGAAAGGAGAAUGUUAGCCGCUUUGAGACUCCUUCAGGUAGUGAUAAAGCGGGAUAUCAAAUCCAAACUCUUCUUCUUCCAUCCCUGGCAUCUCUAGUUGGGACUGGGAGAGACGUCUGUCUGAGAGAGGAUGGGCUGCAAUUUUGUGAGAAAGAGUUAAAAAAUAAAAAUCAGUUUGUGAACUGCCAGAGGUAAUCAAACAUUUCUUUUGUCAGAAUGGCCUUAAUUUUGAAUGGUCAGAUGGUACCAAGCCUCCGCAUACUUUCUGGAGAGAUGAGGAAUCACAGACCUCUGGAAGCUGUGUCUACAUUGAUAUUGACGGACGCUGGAGGAGCACUGACUGUGAGAGACUUCUGAAUGGGGCAGUUUGCCAUAUUCCACCCCGUAAGCUGGUUCUCUCUCACGUUAAACACUGAAACCCUCUCAGCAAAGAGCCCAUUCUGGCCUCUGAGCUUCAUCUUAAGGAAGUUAAAAUGAGAAAAGGGCCUUUUUAAAAAAUGUUCCAUGUUGAGAUGUAUUUCGCCUGUGUUGUAAAUAGUCAGACUUUGUAAUAACAUGUCUGCCUAAGGAAAGAAGACAGCUUUCCCCAAAUAUGACGAGAAGUGCAACCAGUUUGCUCAGUUGAGCUGGUUCUUUGUGAUGGGGAUGAUUCGGCUGCCUGGGGCUAAGCUGAUAAAAAAAAUAAGAGAGUACAGUGAAGGAGCAGAAAAUAUUAUGUCAUGAGCCCACAGCAUGCUUCAUGGUUCUUGGGGGAAGUUUCUUUAAAAAAAGCAAAAGAUUACUUAAAAACAGAGAGUUGCCCCAUUUCCUUCCAGUUUUUGGUAAUGUACAUUCCCCCAGGCAUAAGGUACACAAGUACUCUUCUACAGACAUAGGACUGGUGCUAAUGUAAUAUAUUUGUCUCAAUAGGCAAAUGCAGAAUUUCUUAGAUCUCUGGAGAGCAAAUUCUGCCUUUCUGUUGUGGCUAAACUAUUCCUUCUGUCACAGAGGAGAAGCCAGCUGAAUCUAAGGGACUGUGUGAUGAAAAACCUGUCCCUUGGAUAAAAUUUGAAAGGAGCUGCUACAGCUUUUCCACAGUUUUAGAGAACUCAGACUUUGAUGAAGCAUUUGAAUUCUGCAAAAAGCAAGGUAAUCUGUUGGUGGAAAAAUUGGCAGAGGAUUUAUGGCCUUGCAUCGCCUAAUCGUCAGUGUUCUUUUCAAAGUUUCAGAGAAGUUAUUUCAAAGACUAUUGAUCUGUUUUGAUGUUGUUCAGCAUAGCCGAUGCAGUCCAGAAAAAGCUAGAUAAAUCUCUGGUACUGCCAAAGCAGUGAGUCCAUGGCCACUUCACGCAUUACUGUAUGUUAUUAAUUCAUUGUACUCUAAAUAUUUGAAGAAUAAAAAUUAACUAGGCAAUUUACAUGCAACACCACAUUGGGCACCAUACCAGCAAAUUUAUGGGGUUUUGCAGUGUCUCAGCACUCUUUUUGAGGUGGGGGGGAGCCACCCACAGCAUCAUGUUUGAGUUGAAUGCAUCCAAAAUUCUGCACCCCACCCCCUGCUUGUUACUGCAGAUUUCCCCUUACUGCGGGGAAAAUCUGGUUAGUAUUGUUAUGACUAGUAUAGACACAAAAACUCCAAAAGCAGAACUAUUCCGUUUCUGGAGGUGAUUUGUUUCUGAGAUUUGGGGGGAUAGUCUACUGCUAUAUCUCCCCAGUUCCAGUUUGGCCUAGCUGGGCACACCUGAACCAUUGUAUUUAUGGAAACAGCUAUGGAAAGGUUAUUGGUGCUGCUUUGGAAUGAGGAAGUAUGUAAUCUUGCUGUGCAUGUAAUUUUGUUUUUCUUCGUACCAGAGUACAUCAUCAGAAGGCCUAGCCUGGAAUUUUUUUGCUAGGCUUUUUUGUUGGUGCGCAGGUCUCAAAGCUACUAAGGAGGGGGAAAUUCCUGACAAUUUCACAUGCCUGCAAGAGAAAAUUGCAAUGAAACAGACCCGUGCAACUUUCUCUUUGGAUUAUUGUGCAGCCUUGCUCAUCUCUACUCUGUAAAUAUAUAUCUUGAAUUAAUAUGACAUUGUUUCUUGAUCUAAGGAUGCACCCAUGAUAUUGAGUAAUGAUUCCGAGUAUCAUGGAAGGUAGCUGAGGAUUUAUUGGGGGGGGGGUAUUUAUGUACUGCCGUUCAUAUUUGAGUAUUAAUGCCCUUUCAUUCAGUGACUUAUCAGGGCAGUUUACGUAGUCAAGAAAUACAAAAGCAAAACAAUAAAACAGAAAUAUGUGUUAACUUGCUUGCACGCACACAGAAACAAAACAUAAAUUUGAAGCUAAAACGUGGAAAGUUUUAAAAGAAAGUAUUUGCCUGCUGCUGGACUGACAUUAAGAUAGGCAAACCUCCAUAAGGUGAGCAUCACACAGGGAGUCUGUCCUCAGUGGAUGAAGGGCUGCUUACUAGUAACCUCCCAUUGUACUUCACUUGGUGGAGACAAUCGGAGAAGGUCUCUGGUAAAGAUCUGGUAAAGAGGCACAUGUGAUUCCUUUAGGCACUCUGGUCUUAACUUUAAAAGUAAAAACUAGCACUUCAAAGAACUGAGCCUGGAAACAAACUAGAAACUAUUGCAACUGGCAAUGUACUGGCAUGGUCUGCUCAUUGUAUUUGAUAGCAAUGCGUAGAGUUCAGAUAGCGUUGUGAGAGAGUGUUGGUUUUUAAGCAAAUCAUGCGUAAAUCUGAAUCUGUCUCUUUCUCUCUGCUUUCAUCCUCAGGUUCUAAUCUUCUAACUAUUGAAGAUGAACAUGAAAAUGCUUUUCUUCUGGAAGAAUUGCAUUAUUCUGGGCCUUCAGUUGAAACAAUUUGGCUGAAUAUCCAGUUUGUUACUGAGAGUAAGUAAAGGGAAUUGAUCAGAUACAUCCAUCCGUUUCUGUAUAGCUGCCUUUACAGGGCAAGUUGCUUGGCUCAUUAGUAAACAUAUACGCUGUAGUCGGUAAGACACUGCCAAAUUCUGGCUACAUAAUCACUUUGUUUCUGUUGCAGUUCCUCUUAUGUAAUGGGCUAAUUCCUCAGUCUGAAUAGCUACUAAUAAGUAUGUCUCUGUGUUUGAAAUACGGAUGGUCUGGCAGGAAAACCGGUUGUUGUUUCCUCCAGGGGUUUUCCCCACACACACCCUGCCACACCUCUUGGUCAAUGCUGUUCCUUCCAUCUUGGGCUUUUUCUUGCCAUAUCUGAAGGAGCAUCUUCACCCACAUUGUUCAGCCUGGGCACUGAGGUCUAGCCCCAAGGGCCUUCUCGGCAGUAGCGCUCUCCCUGUGGAACGCCCUCCCAUCAGAUGUCAAGGAGAUGUCUUUUAGAAGACAUCAGAAGGGAAGUCUUUGAUGUUUUAAUAUGUGUUGGAAGCCACCCAGAGUUAUUAUUAUUACAUCUUAUCCAGAAGUGACUAGGAAGCACAUCCUGCUAUAAGCUAUUCUGAUCAACCUUUCUUCCCAGUACUAAAAAGGGAAGGAAAUACAAGUCAAGGCAUAUUUGUGCAUUUAUUUAUUUAUUUAUUUAUUUAUUUAUUUAUUUAAAAUCGACACUCCAUCGUGACUAAUCUGGGAGGAAGUUACAAUGUCAUAAAAUUUAUAAAUUUGAAAGAGUAAUAAUCAGUACAUACAAUUUUAAGGGUCUUGUGGGGUCAGUGUUCCUAUGCCGAAGUUCUUAAAUGUUCCUAACAUGAAUUGGAAUUCUUAUAGGUACCAUUACCAGAGAGCCCAGAAACAUUUCUGUUUUGCACACUGACAGAUCUUAUUUAGAGAUUUCUUUCUGCUGAACUGCUCUUAUAGGCUUGUUAAAGGUUUGUGGGAUGAUUCCAAAAUAGUUUUGGAAGAACACACAGUAAUGGCACUGCAGCUGAAUUAAACAUGCAUUUGGACUUAGAGGAAACACUUCAUUUUGUUUAUUAUUUCAAGUACAGUUGUGAACUUUUUUUGGUUUUACUGUUUGAUCGUUUGUAAAUUGCUUUGAGGUUUUUUGUUUUUUUACAAUCAAGUGAUGUAUGAAGUUUAUGAAAUAAACAAAUAACUUUAUUUUCUUUGGGGUUGUAAGCCACUCCAUCCCAAAGGCUGUGAGCAGCAAACACUUAAAAACCAAUAUUUUUUUAAAAAAAGAAAUAAACAACAUAUUGCAUUUUUAAAAAUGAGGGUAGAUCCCCAAAGAAAUUGAAUUUUCAUAAAUAUUCCAUGAACACCUCCAAAAUAGCUUAACUUCUAUGGCAAGGAGGACUCCUUCUUAUUCUUGCUUGGAGGCGGCUAAAGGUAGAUGGAACUUACCCUCACCUCUGCAGACCCAAAAAAACAGCUUAGUUUUUAUACAGGAAGCAACAGAAAUAUGGUAUUCUGCUCAUAGAUGCUCUUAGAACACCCCCCAAAAAAUUCAGUUCUGAUGUAAGCAGAUAUUUGGGAAGGAAGGUGACAACUAGAAUUGCAUUCUGCUCUGCACAGCUGUAUAAUGAUUUCCACAUUUUUUUGCCCAUAGACAAUACAAUAACGUGGUUUACUGGUCCCCCCAUUCAGUAUUCAAACUGGGGCAUCCAAGAACCUGAUCUAGGUCAGCUGACAGGAAAUGUUUGUGUUGCCUUAAGGACCACAGAUGGAGUCUGGCAAUUAUCAACCUGCCAAGAUAAAAAAGGAUUUGUAUGCAAAAGAAGCACAGGUAUGAAUCCACAUUGAAAACAACAUAUGCGGGUCCCCAGUCUUGGGCCUGGGGGAAUGCACCUGAAAUCUGCAAAGCUGUCAAGGCCCAUUUUGCAGAAGAAAAACAGGUGAUGCUCAGACCAUUCCCCACCCCCCACCCCUGCAAGCCAAGCUAACUGUACACACAUACAAAAAAAGCAAACAAAUCAAGUAACACAUCUAUCUAAACCAGGGGUAGUCAACCUUUUUAUACCUACCACCCACUAAUGCAUCUUACUUGGUGGUAAAAUUUCCUUACCGCCCACCAGUGUUUGAUGGAAAGAGGAUUCAGCUUGUGCCAUAGAACCCCCUACCGCCCACCCAGAAUCCUGAAACGCUCACUAGUGGGCAGUAGGGGCCAGGUUCUGAUCUAAACAAAAAUUUCAAAAUACAAAAUUGAGAGAGCUGGAGGCGGGGUUGCCAAAGGAGAUGUUUGAGGGCACUGUCGUUUCCUCUUCGAAUUCUAGCCUUCCAGUUUACGCUUAAUCAGAUUAUUGGCACCAGUAAAAAUCCCACCUCCUGUCAGCAGGGCUCUAUGGAGUGGCAGAACAGCCGCCACAUCAGCAGCCCGGCUUCCCACAGCAUCAGUUUUGUUGCACCCAUCACAUACCUUGAGUGGGGGGGGGGGGUUUCUGUCACUUGGUUGGAUACUGAAAAUUGAUUCCUGUUAGUGAGCAAGAAAUGUACUACUUCAUCACUUUCCUGUGGGAUUCCCUUUCAAUUACUUCCACUGAAUCAGUUGUGAUUACAGUACUUCUAUUCUAAGUAAAUAUUGGGACUGCAUUGCUAGUUGGUUAAACCCUGUAUGUACAGGUGAAUAAAAAUCAAAAGCAUUUUUGUUGCUAGAAGAAUGAAUGGUUAAUUGUUGAUAAAAUGUUCUUUAGCUGGACCAUUUUUAGUUAAGGUAUUGAUGUUAUUGCCUGGCCAGAUUUGUUCCUUGGUUCUCAAAUUCUUUUUUCAUGAAUUUAUUAAAUGUGAGACUUGACUUGAUGACUACAGACUAAUAUCUUCUGUGUAUAACUAUUUAAGCAGUUAAUUGUGCAAGCCCACUCUUGUACACUGUUCAAUUCUGGGUUAUUAUUUUUCAGCUUAUCAUGAAAUUUCAGUACAGCCCGUUAAAGGUAUGUUUUGUAAUAACUUUGCUAUAUCUGAGUCAGAGAAAUUGAAGCUAAAACAAAACGUAGUGUUAUUUCACUUGAUGUUUUCUCCUCUCCUCCUUCACCUUUCCCAGUACCGUACCGUAGAAUUGUGGUCUUGGUGGUAUUAUUGACAUUUGUGAUAGCUGCCAGUGCUAUAUUUGCAUGUUGGUGGUGCUUGAACAAACCCACCCAUCUCUGUAGAAGGAUGCUGCAGCUGAGAAGUGCUUGUCCAGAAGAAGCGAACUCUGACACUCCAGCCAUUGAAGAAAGCAUCCUCAUUUGCAAUCUUGAGAAAAAUGAUGAAAUUCAAUGAUACAGCAGUAAGGACCAAGAACACAUUCAUUUAAUACAAAAUAUUAUAUAUUCAGCCUGUACAAUUAAAAUCAAUUUCGUGUUCUUAACACAAUGUAAGAUCAGAUCAUUGUGUGCCUAUACCCUUUUGUAAUCAGCUUUUGACUGAUCAAGAAUGGAAGAGACUGCUACAGCCUACACCAUGUUAUAUGUUCAUUGCUAUAUAUGGGCUGAAAACUCUGGAAGUAGUGCACAGACUUGAAGCAGAUACGAUGCUAUUGAUAUUUAUCGUCCAGUAAACCCACUGGAAGAGUCGAGAUCAAGCACAAGGUUCUCCAGCGCAAGACUCUUUAGUAAGCAGCCAUUGAGUGACGUCUAAAGAUGAUAUCUUGAAGAACAUGACCUUCUGUGAUGCUGCUGGAAUCAAAAUCCUUAGAAGGAUUCAAAAUACCAGCACCCCAUGUCUUAUUAUUCUCCUCUUCCAUGGACUAUAAUUCUCUUAUUUCAGUGUGUGAAAGGGUCUGUGAAAGGUGCAUCAUAACAACUCUCCACUGUUGUGGUUUGGAGUGGGCUGAGUUUGUUUCUCCUCAGUGCUCAUCAGCUAUGGUUUCUACAUACCCUUCAUGUGCCUUCUUUCAUAAAGCUUCUAAUAAUAAUGUGUGUGAAAACAUGUCUGAGCUAAAGAAACUAAUACAAAAGCACGUUAUCUUUUUGGUUUUAGGGACGUGAGGCACUUUCUUCCAAGGAAGGAAAGAGGAGGAGGUUAGCCCAUUGUCCUUUCAACAGAAAUUGUAAAAACUGAUUAGUUCUGAAACUGCAAAGCGACUACUGUAACAAGAGAGUUGUGUUGCUAAAGCUUGUUCUCAUAUAACACAGUUCCUCAUUCCCACCCAAAAAAAAUAACACCCCUGGGGUUAAAGGGCUCCAUUCUUAUUUGCUCUCCUCAGAGAACUAUGCAUUCCCAAGUUAAGGAAGAUGUGUCACAGACAUAGCCUUCCAAGUCAGAAUAAUAAUUGUUCUAGCCAGAUGGGAAAUGAGAACACUUAAGCAGCAUGUCGCAUGAAAUUAAUGUCCUGUGCUUUAGUGGUAAAGUACUAAUGGAGUGGGUCCUCCAGGCAGAAAAGUUUGCAUCAAGAGGGAAGAGGGGGAAAAGGAAAAGAAAAAAACCACUGCAGACCAAGCUGUUCUUCUGGUCAGCUUAAGUGUGCCUAUUUCAUCAGAUAAGAAGUAUAGUAAAUAUUGGAUAAGCUGCUGCUAAAGCAUGUUGCUUGACUACCACUUCCUUUGUGGAGAGACUGACUAAUUUGUUUGGCAGGAGAAGGAAUCAUUUCAAGACUACAUUGAUUACACAUAAGUCAGUUUCACAAAUGCUAAAAUCUCAGGACACAGUGACAUCAAAUAGGACCCACAGAUAUUUGUCAUUCAGUGUUUUCACAAGGAAGCAGAUGUUAUUGUUAUAAAGCGUGUAUUCACAGCUGGAUUACUUCAUUUAAAAAGUAUUAAUUAAAGUUCACAAGAGUGCAUGCCCAGAUCUUCAAUCUCUGUUCACACAGCCUUCCAUGUGUUUUGGACUAUAAAUCCAGAUGUUUGGGACUACAAACCCUGGCUAGGGCUGAUGGGAGUUGAAGUCUAAAAUAUUUGUAGAACACCAGGUUGGCAAAGACUUCUUUAGCAUCUACUAAGUGAACUUUCAGGGCUCUUUGGAGGAAGAAAGUGAGUAAGGCGGGGCUCAUGAUAGACAUAUAUAACUUUGAGUGGUAUGGGAAAAGUGGAUAAGCCUUAUUCAUAAUACUAGAACUUGGGACCAUCUAAUGAAGCUAAAGAAGUCUUCAUGCGGAGGCAGCAGAGCUGAAACUGGUUGAUGUGCUUUUGUCUUGCUCGUCAUUCCAUUAUUAUUGUCCCAGUCAGAGUGUCCAGCUGAUUAUUAUGUGACUUUUCUCACUGGAAAUCAAAACAAGCCCGACAGCAAAAACUGCAAAAUUCUUUAGAAACCCCAACUAAAAUAAGGGCCACAACAAUGCAUUGAGUUUUAAAUUGUAUAGUUCUUAAAUUUUAAUUGAGGUUGGUGAUUUCACCUGCUUAGUUGUUUAUACAUGUUUGUGUUGUACUCAAAUCGCAAAGGCCGUUGGAAGUUUAAGGGCAGAGAAGAUAACUAUGAGUUAUGUGAAGAAGUACUUUAACUAUGGAAUUCUCUCCAAGAUGUACUGAAGGCUAUCCAUGUAGAUGGCUUCAAAUGCAGAUUAGACAAAUUCAUGGAGGAGGAUGCUUCCACUCCUAGAGGCAGUAUGCCUCUGUAUAAUAAGUAUUAAUUAUGUCACACAUGGGACAUGGGUGGCGCUGUGGUCUAAACCACAGAGCCUAGGGCUUGCCGAUCGGAAGGUCGGCAGUUCGAAUCCCCGCGACGGGGUGAGCUCCUGUUGCUCGGUCCCUGCUCCUGCCAACCUAGCAGUUCGAAAGCACGUCAAAGUGUAAGUAGAUAAAUAGGUACCACUCCGUCGGGAAGGUAAACGACGUUUCCGUGUGCUGCUCUGGUUCGCCAGAAGCAUCUUAGUCAUGCUGGCCACAUGACCCAGAAGCUGUACGCCGGCUCCCUCGGCCAAUAAAGCGAGAUGAGUGCCGCAGCCCCACAGUCAGUCACGACUGGACCUAACGGUCAGGGGUCCCUUUACCUUUACCUUUUAUGUCACACAUCCAACUUAUAGGCUUCUGGCGACUGUGAGAACAGGAUGCUGGACUAGAUGGGACUUUAGCCUGAUCUAGCAGAGCUCUUUUAAUGCUUUUUGUCUACGUGCAAAACUGAGGGUUUUAGAAAGCAUUGUAAAGCUAAGCAUUUCCUCUUGAACGACAACAAAUCUUCUCUUCCCCUUGCUCUCACCCGAAUUGCACAGUAGCAUCUUCUCUUUUUACUGAGAUGCCUGCCAAAACCAUUUUUAUGUCAGACUUGUACCAAUGAUGUAUUUGUAUGCAAGUUGUUUAAUUUGAAAAAUAAAGACUGCUACACUAUAC